GUGCGCGGCCCGAGCGGCGUUGCGCAGUGUAGGUUAGAUGGCGGCCGGCAGUGAGGCCUGGAGCGGUGCUGCCGUUUGAAAUAAGUCGUGGGGGGGGGAACGUUAAUCGCCGGCGGGCCGGGGAGUCUCUGAUCCGGGUUAUUGCCGCAGCUGUGUCCGGGAGGCUGAGCCCGGGGUUUGUGUAAGGGUUCGCGGCUGCCGAAGGUGAGGAGGCCCUGUGUGUGUGCGCGCCAUGGAGCUCGGUUUGUUUAUCCCAGUACUGACCCCGGCGGGGGGAGCUCCAUUUACAUGUUAUGUUAUUUAUUAUCAUUUUAUGUCGAACAGACUCGUGUUUUAAUGGUAGAAAGCGCUUCAGCUGCUCCCUGGGCAGAAACAUGGCGCAGUAUCCCUACAUCCUCCAUGUUCGAGGCAUAGGCCCCUCCAGCUUCUCAUUCAGCAAGGAGAACUUUAUAUUCAGAGUCUCCCUCUCCCCCCAAAUCUCACUUAUCUUUAUUAGGGACAUUCCAGGCUGGCGUUAGACACCCCUUCCCCUCUACCCCCCACUUACCCCCCCCCACUUCCCCUCUCCCUCCCCCCACUUCCCCCCCCACCCCCACUUCCCCUACCCCCCCCCCACUUCCCCUCUAUUCCUCCCCCCCACUUCCCUCUAUUCUCCCCUUCCCCUAUUCUCCCCGCCCCUCUAUUCUCCCCCUUCCCCUCUAUCCCCCUUAUUUUCUUUAUACAACAGAAUUGCAGGGAAAGACGGUUGGGUUUUGUAUGUUGUGCUUACUACGUGUGAUUUCACUGCCAGUCCCAAAUCUGCCUAAAAAUUGGACAUUGCAUGCAGCAUAGUAGCUGGGGAGUGGUUAAAAGAAGUACUACAACUCUAAGCACCAUAACUACUGCCAGUAGUCAAAUUGUUAAAAUGGCUUGCCUUUUCUUACCAGUGGUCUCCUACUUACACUACUAGCGCCAGAGAGACACAAUAUCCUACAUAGGUCUCCUAGGAUAAGUAACUGCACAACUGCUCUUUGUGCUUCUGACUCUCUGGCGGUAGAAGAGGUAAUAAAAUGGUUUGACAACUUACAGUGCAGGAAGGGGUACCAACGCACUUCUGGUAUCAUAACCACUACAAUUUGUUGGUGGUAAUUGGGCUUUAAGUGUUCUUUUAAAAUGCCAAAAAUUAGAUCAUGAUUACGUUAAAAGGAACACUGAGCACUUUAACCACUACUACACCAUGCUGUAUAUUUACUUUCAGAGUAACUAGUUAAAACAAUUUAAAAAUAAAAUAAUUACAAUUCUUUAUUUCUGACUCGUUUUAACGUGAAACCAGUGGAGGUACAUACAAUAGCAAAACGAGGAACAUGGCAUAUGUCUUACAAUACUGUACUCUGCUACUGAGUACAAGUAGCAGUGAGAACAAGGAUUUUUAGAUUUAAAAUAACUGAAAACGACUGGCUGUGUCAUAGCACAGGUAGACAAAAAGAAACAAUGUCCAUAACAGACCUAAAGGGUAUGUAAUAUGCCACAUACAUAUCAAAGGUAGCUGAGACGGAGCAGCCCUGUAUCACUGUGUCGUAGUCUGUAUGAGACCAUGAGAUGUGCCAGCAGCAAGUAUGUGCCUAAGCUUAGUGAAAAUAAAAACAAAACUUAAAAGUAUAAAAACAUCAGAUUAGGCACUAAUGUAUGAAGUCAUGUGAGCACCGGGGGGAGGUAGGGGUUACACGUGAUUGUGUUAUCUAAUGCAGGCUUAUGCCCUGAAGUGUUUAAUGGUUUACCUCACUGACUGAGAGUGCUCGGCUGAUGCUUUCCUCCAUUGAGAUAGCCCUGCAUGGCAGACUCACUGGGCUUAAAGCAACGCUAUAGUGUCAGGAAUACCAACAUGCAUUCCUGACACUAUAGUCCUGAUGUUGCAUUUUAGGUGACCGGCCCUGCUCUGAUUGUGCUGAAAAGGUGAUUUUACUUAGCUUUUCUCCCAUGGUCUUGUCGUGGCUGGCCAUGUCUACAUGUUUGUGAUUUAUCAAUCUUUAUGAUCUGUCACUCCAAUGCUUUCCGAUAGGCUACUGUGCAUGCACGGCAGAACACCAUCCUGCCCCAAUUACCAUCUCUUCAUAGAGAUGCAUUGAAUCAAUGCCUCUCUACAGGGAACAUUUAGCUGUGUGGAGACGCUGCACACUGUGUAGUACUGGACUAGGAAGCACCUCUAGUGGCUGUCUGAGUGACUGCUACAAGAGAUGUUAUUAGAUACCAAUGUAAACACUGCCUUCUCUCUGAAAAUACAGAAUUUACAUUGAAAAGCCUACAGGAACAUACUAUAGACACAAGGACCACUACAUUAAAGGGACACUAUAGUCACCAGAACACCUACAGCUUAUUGAAUUUGUUCUGUUGAGUAGAAUCAUGAUCUUCAAGUUUUUUGCUGUAAACACUGUCUUUUCAGAGAAAAUGCUGUUUACAUUACAGCCUAGUGAUAACUUCACUGGCCAAUCCUUGGAUUGCUGUUAGAGAUCCUUCCUGGGUCAUGACUGCCUAAAAUGCAUCCAAACAUUCAGUGUCUACUCCCUCCCCAUGCAGACACUGAACUUUCCUCAUAGAGAUUCAUUGAUUCAAUUCAUCUCUAUGAGGAGAUGCUGGUUGGCAAGGGCUGUGUUUGAAUUGUGCUGGCUCUGCUCCUGAUCUGCUUCCUUGUCAGUCUCAGCCAAUCCAAUGGAGAAGCACUGUGAUUGGAUCAGGCCACCACUCCUGAUGAUGUCAGCAGACAGGUUGCUAUUCGGAGGCAAACAGCAUGCAGAGCUACCGCUUAAGGCUUGAAUACAAGUAAGAAUUUGCUAUAUUAAGCAGGCAUGAGGGGCUCAGGGGGGCUAGAUAGUAGUUUUAACACUAUAGGGUCAUGAAUACUUUUUUGUGUCUCUGACCCUAUAGUGUUCUUUUAAGCUGUAGCUGUUCUGGUUACUGUAGUGUCCUUUUACGGAAGCUCCUCAUUAUAACUUCUAACCAUGAUUGGUGCGAAGUGGAACCUAGGGGAUUCUUAAGCGGUUUGAGGGCAGUCAUGUCACCAUAACCACUACAAUGCAUGCAUUUUCUCAUUUGAUCUGCAGCACCCAUGCUCUGCCUCUAGUCAUGGGCAAAAUAUUUAAUUGUAUAAUUGUGUAUUUGUGUGAUGUGAGCACCUGCUCACUACCUUCAAGUUAGUUUCCACAGUGCUGUGAUUCCAUAGGCCCAUAUGUUUUCCAGCUUAGAACCCUUAUGACUUAGUUGGACAUACUCUCUUAUGUGCUGUGGUUGCCAAUCGAGAGAUUUGUUGAACUCCCCCUUAACUGACAUAUGAACAAAAUCUCCGUUCUGGGUCCAAUUUCUGAAUCACUAUGGUGACCUGGCAUUAUGUAGCAGUUAUUGCUUUGGUUUAUGGGAAGCAGAUUUGUGUGGCAUAGACAAAGGAACCUCAGAUUCUUGCCUUUAUUACUUUUCAUUAUUUUUAGAACUAAUGUAUAUUUUGCAAUCUUCUAUGUGCUCCUUGGACCUGUCUUUCACAUACAAUCUAAAUCUGACUAGGGAUUGGCUGAUAUUUUUUUUAGUACCGAUAAUCUGUGAACGUUCAGGCUGAUAACUUACCGAUAUUCUAUACAUUUACCAUUUAAAAAAAAAAAAAAAUAACUAUUUCUACACAAAUCUAAUGUAACUGUAUAUGUUUAUUUUAUUUAUUUUUGCUAAUCUUUUUUUUAAAUUAAGGUAAAUGCACAAAAUAUACAUGCCAGUCCGAAUUUUUUAUAUUUCCAAGAAUAUAUGUGUGUUUGGAUGCAGUGAGAGUGUAUAGUGAAUUCAGAGUGUGUUUGUGUAGUGUCUGUGCCAUGAGUGUUUGUUUAGGUAUGUAAUGUGUGUAAAUUUAAAUUUUAUAAUUUUUUUUUAAAUUAAAUUAUGUUUUAGUCCCUGCUUCUUACCUGGCCAGGGAGGGGGGAUAUGGCAUUCCCUGGGGGGCCCAGCAGCUCCCUUUAGCUCUCGUGUGCCUACGGAGCGUUGCCAUAGUAACCCGUGGCAACGCUCUGACAGCCGCGGGACUCGUGAGCGUUAGACAGGGUUGCUGCUGGGAAGAUAAGUAAGAGUGUGCUGGGCCUCCCAGGACACUGAUGGCGGCCCUGGUCUGCAUUGUCAUCGGUAUUGGCCGAUACCGAUGUUGCUGAAAAUACAGAAUAUUGGCCAAACCGAUAAUCGGUCGAUCCCUAAAUCUGACUAAAUCUCAAAGCUUCAUAACGCAUAUUUGGGAUAGAAGUCAGAUUGCUUAUCUAAUAAAGCAGCUGCUGCAGUUUUAUAUUAAAGGAACACACCAAGCACCAUAACUACUACAGCAUGCGGUAGUGAAUAUGGGCCAGAAUGAAAGUAGUCAAAUUGGUUUUGAAUGGUUUUACUUUUUUAUUUGUAGUCUUCCAGGUGCCAUUGUUCACCUCCACUAUAGCCAACAGAGAGCCAGAAGCUCCUGCUUGGAAGCUUUAAUUGGCUUUCAUGAGUCAGCUGAGUCAGGCUUAGCUCGGAAACCAACCAAUGGCUCUCCAGUGAAUCUAAUGGGGGCAUGGAGCAGUCUGUUUUAACCCCAGUUAGGAGAUUAUUCCAUUCUAAAGUAGUUUGACUAUUUACAUUUGGAGUGGUGCCAAGGCACCCCUGGCACCACAAUCAAUAACCGCACUGUAGUUCCUUAAAGAUCUGUGAUGGCUUCUUCUUUUACGGUCUUUAUCAGCUGUAACUGCACAUGUGCACUGGUAUAAAUAUGCCAGUUUUGAAUCUGUGUACGCUUGUUUGUGCUUUGGUGGUCCUGCAGUUGCUUUGCUUGAUGAUCUUAACCAGGUCAGUGGUAAGCUCCGCUAUCAUUGCAUACUUCAUAGGCAUUUCUGCCAAAAUUGCAAUUAUUUGGGUAGUGCUUAAUUUUACCACAAAUUAAAUACACACACACACACACCUCAGAGUUGUGCAAAACUUACAAAUCUCAAAAAAGAGUGCAAAGUGUGUGUGUAUGUGUGUAUAUGUAUAGAGAUAUAUAAAAUCAGGGCUUGACAAAUUUGUUUGAAAUCUAGGAGCCAGAUUUUUAAUCGUCAAAAAUAUAAUUCUUAAAGGGACACUAUAGUCACCAGAACAGUGUCCCUGCACGCUUGUCAAUGUAAACACUGACUUUUCAGACUAUAAGUAGGGUUAACAUUUGUCUGGUAACACCUCUUGUGAAAAUCACUCAGACGGCCUCUAGAAGUGCUUCUUGCGGCAGGUCACCUAAACACUGACUGACACAGACAGACAACCUCACACUCACAGACCAUUAAUUUUAUUAUUUUAAAUCCACCCAGCCUUCCUACUUUUGGGGAAACUGGAGUGGAUUAGCUUUCCCCGGGGUCCAGUUGGACUGCUGUCAUCUCUCUGCUCCCUAGAGCGUUGUUUAUGGAGCCUGGGACUGAAAAUGACAUCAUAUGUAAGCUCCCGGCAUCAUGUGAGGGAGUAGAGCAGGCAAAUUACAGCUCCAUCGUCGCAGUGCUCAUUCAGCCGCCCGCGGUCCGCCUCCCUCGUUUUUAGCCGCCCGCGGUCCGCCUCCCUCGUUUUUAGCCGCGGCCCACCUCAAGCUUUUCAAUCAUGCAAUCAUUUAAAGGGACACUGUGGGCACUGUAACUACUUCAUGUGAUUGAAGUUGUUAUAGGGUCUGGAGUGCACUCGCACUGCCAUUCGUUGUUAAAUAGUUUUUAAGGUUUUAAAAAUCCUCUCUGCUGCGGAAUCAUGAGCCUGAGCAGCAGUGGGCAGCUAUGUUUGGCAGAGAGUAUCACUUGACCACUUUCAGCCUUUUACAGUGCUCAUUGCUGGCAUGGCUAGAAGGAAAUGUGUUGUUUUUGCCUUAACCAGUGUUUGGCUUUGGGUAGCUAGAAACUGUUAUUUAGUGUUACUGUUCCAAAAUAAUUUAACGCUGAAUUGUCAGUUUUAGGAAUUUCAUGCACUAUACCCAAUUCACUUUGAUUUAAGUAGUUUUAGUGCAUUCACUGUAGGGAUUGGACGAUAUUCAGAUUUAUUUAUUUUAAAUAUCGGUAUCGGCCGAUAAUCACUGGCAAUAUACCGAUAAUGAAUGAGUGGGCCGGCAUGUCCAUAAGGCGUCACAAGCAGCCGCCUUAUGGCGCACUGGCUCGGGGGGGAGGGGGGUUAAUCGGAAUGACCGGCAGAAGGUGGUCGCACAGCGCUCACUCCUGCCAGGCGCUCUGUGUAGCGUGGCCGAGCGGAGCAGUGCACACCGCGGUACAGGAACUUAUGUUUCCUGUACCGGUCCAGACUGAAAGGAAGUGUUCACUGAUGGCCAGGGAUCGGGGGGUUGAACAACACUAUGGGACAGGGAAGGGGGGUAAAGAACACUAGGAGGGAGAGAGGAACAUUAAGGGAGGACACUAAGGUACAGGGGAGGGAAGGAAAAAUAAAACUGGGGUAGGGGGGGGACCACUAAGAGACACGUGAGGGGAGUUCCUACUGCACACAUUUACACACAAACACACUGCAUCCACUACACACACACUGCAUUUACUAAUCAAUUACUCUUACUGCAUCCACUACUCACACACACAAAUAUUCUUACAAACAUUUAAAAAAAAAUCUGACUGGCAUGUAUAUUUUUGUGCAAUUACCACUUAAUUAAAAAAAAAAGUUAAAUGUACAGAAUAUCUGUAAACUAUCUGUCUGAAAGUUCAGAUUAUCGAUAUCUGCUCUAAAAAAAAAAAUGUCGGUCGACCCCUAAUUCACUGUAUCUUUUAAUUGUUUCUAAGAUGUCAUCCUCACAUAUCCUUCAUCCAAAAGCUUUUCAUAGGAAACAUUUGAAUUUGUACUGAUAGUGGCUCGACUCUCAAACUCCCUUUUGAAGAAAAAAAAGAAAAUAAAUUAAAACAGGAGGAAAUUGGGGUCAGCUCAAAAUGCCAGACCCUUUCCUCUUCGUGAACAGGGGUGGUUAUGGUUUAAUGUUGAAGUGAAACUUUCGUUUACUGUCAAAUUCCUCUGGCUGUCCUGUCAAGCGUUGUCUUCCUGGUGUCUGAUGUACAUUGGAGGCAGGUAUCUGCAAAUGUAAAUGCACAAGGGCUUCCGGCACAUGUGUCCACUGCUAAUUAGAUUUAUAAUGUGCAUCUCAUUGUUCAAACUUGAAUAAGAAAUAAUUUCAUUGGAUUUUGAGUAUAAACAUUGAAAAGGAGAAAUCGAUGAAACCUCACCAAGCAUGUGUCCAGCUCUCUGUUUACUUGAUUUACUUGAUACAGUUUGACCUCUAAAUUGAGUGCAUGUGGAGUAGUGUUGGUCAAAUACCGGGCUUUAACUGUGUUUACUACAAUUCAUUGUACUGUUUUAAGAAUCUCAUGUAAUUUUAUCUUGUCUUGAGAUAUACGAUUAAAGUACUCUGCAUGUUUAAAAUUAGUUUGGUUCGCUACUUAGCUGGUAAAGUGUACUUUAAAACCCCUAUAGUUUAGUCCUUGUUAUGUGUGAUUUACUGAAAUUAGUGAGUGAAGACAUUCUCUGCUAUUUCUAAUAUGUGUUGAAGUUAAGGAACGUUACAGUGAUGCUGCAUGUGCAUUAGGCCUUCCCUCAUCGGAAAGCAUCAACUCAAUGCCACCCUUUACCUGGUUACAUGAAUAUACGUCUUAACCGUGGGCAAGAAAUAUUGAAUCUAUCUGGCUAGCUAUUUAAGAAACAUAAAUAGGUGACUUUAAAAUCAACUAACUUAAAUGGAGACUCCAAGUACCAUAACAACUACAGCACUUUGUGUGUUACUGCCCUGCCCCUACGACUUACUGUCACCUUUUGUAUGUAGCCACAUUUUUUUUAAGCUGUGAACUUACAGGCCGAUAACUUACUGAUAUUCUGUACAUUUACCAUUUUGAAAAAAUAAACUAUUUCUACACAAGUCUACUGUUAGCUGAGUAUGUUUAUUAUUUAUUUAUUCUGCAAAUCUUUUUUUUUUAAUUAUUAUUAUUAAGGUAAAUGCACAAAUUAUACAUGUCGGUCAAUUUUUUGUUUUCAAGAAAAUGUGUGUGUAGUGGAUGCAGUGAGAGUAUUUGAUUAAUGAAUGCAGUGUAUGUAGUCUGUGCAUAGUGAAUGCAUCGUGAGUUUAUGUAGUGUGUGUGUGUGUGUGUGUAUAUCAUGAAUGCAGUGUGUGUAUAUCAUGAAUGCAGUGUGUGUAUAUCAUGAAUGCAGUGUGUGUAUAUCAUGAAUGCAGUGUGUGUAUAUCAUGAAUGCAGUGUGUGUAUAUCAUGAAUGCAGUGUGUGUAUAUCAUGAAUGCAGUGUGUGUAUAUCAUGAAUGCAGUGUGUGUAUAUCAUGAAUGCAGUGUUUGUCUAGUGUGAAUGUGUAGUGUGUAUGUAUAGUGAAUGCAAUGAGUGUUUGUGUGGUGUGUGUGUGUGUGUGAGUGAGUGUUUUUGUAGGUAUGUAAUGUGUGUAAAAUGGGAGUGGGGGCAAUUUUUUCUUUGCUUUUUUUUAAUAUUACAUUUUUUUUUUACAUUUUCUUUUAGUCCCCCCUCCCUGUUUCUUACCUGGCCAUGGAGGGGGGAUAUGGCAUUCGCUAGGGGGUCUGCGGCAGUCCUGCGGGGCCCAGCACACUCUUACAUCCCAUCAGCUCCCCUGUCUAAUUCUCGUGGCCUGUGUGCCAUGGUAACCCGUGGCAACGCUCUGGCGGCCGCGGGAGUUAGGGGAGCUGAAGGUAAGUAAGAGUGUGCUGGGCCCUGGUUUGUAUUAUCAGCUAUAUCGGGAUCUUUAUUUGCUGAAAAUACAGAAUAUCGGCCAGACCGAUAAUCAGUCGAUCCCUAGUCCAGGGCUUAGCUCAUUGACUUAAACUGAGAGUGAUCAGUUGAUGUUCUCAGCCAAUGAGCCAGCUUUGCACUGUAUUACUUAGGACAGGAGAGCCAAUGGAAGCAACUAAACUUGAGCUUCUGGCUCUCCUCAUGCAGAGUUAAGAAGAUAACUUUAGCAAAAGGUUUAAAUACUUAUUAGGGGAAGUUCGUCAUGGUAUUCUGGAAUCAUAACCACUACAGAGUUCUCUAAUGUUUAUGGCCCUUGGAGUGUUUCUAAGCUUUUAUGUAAUAUAUUUGUUCCUUGAAUGCAGCUCUUAUGUUAUUGCAUUUGUUUGCUUAUUACUGGCAUUUAUAAAGCACCAACAAAUUCUGCAGUGCAUUAAAUGCUCUAAUUUUGUAUCUGAUAAGCCAGCGGAGGGUAAAAGGUAGAUUCUUUGAUGUUGAAGAAGUGCAACUGUCAUGUUGCUUUGCCAUUCUAAACGCCUUCAAUGCAUCGAGAUGAAUUAGUCUGUAUGGUUAUAGUGGUCAUUUAAGCACCAGAUACAUUAUUUUGUGAAGUGAGAUGACGCAGUUGGUUUAUCCCCAAAGUAUUAAAUCCAAAGCUGAGUGUACGCAAGUUGUAUAUUGUGUGCUUCCACUUUUGUUUUUCUUAAUUUGUAUUUUAGUUAAAAUGCUGUGAUUAAGGUCCAAACUUCUGGAAUAAAAGGGAAUCAUGACAUGUCACACGUCAUGUGUCCUUAAGGGGUGAAAGGACAACUAUAGUGCCAGAAAAACAUACUAGUUUUCCAGGCACUAUAGUGCCCUGAGGGUGCCCCCACCCUCCGGGUCCCACUCCCGCCAUGCUGGAUGGCGAGGAAAGGGUUAAAUCUUACCUUUUUUCCAGCGCCGGGUGGGGAGCUCUCCGGCUCCUCUCCUGCUGAAUGCGCAUGCGCGGCAAGAGCUGCGCGCGCAUUCAGCCAGUCUCAUAGGAAAGCAUUCACAAUGCUUUCCUAUGGACGCUGGCGUCUUCUCACUGUGAAAAUCACUUCAUUAAGCUGAAGUGGUCUGGGUGCCCAGAGUGGUCCUUUAAAGCUGCACUGUUUUCUCUUUUUGCCAUUUGUAGUGUCAUUUACACUGCUUUUUUUUUCUCUCUCUUUUGGCUUUCAUUUAACCACACACUCCAAUUUGACCAAUCUAGGCUUUUCCACCAUGGUUCCAUUUAGAAAUGUGUAGGCAUGUAUGGUUGCAAAGGCUUUUUUUGGUUUGUUUUUUGACAGAAAACUUUUAAUAUUGUUUCACUCCUGUUUUCUAAAUUGCUUGUGUUGUACAACGUUGCUUCAUCCUUGGGUACAUUACUGGAAAUGUUUAAAGAAGCGCUCCAUUAAAACGUUUUCACUUUUUAACUAAAGUCAAGUUUGCUCACGUUCGCAUGUUAUCAUAGGCAACCUUCAGCACAAAUUUUGUAGACUUUAUCUCCCUUGAUGCUUUGCCAGCAUUUUUUAUUUAAGAGCAUUAUGGGAGACGUUUCCACAUAGUCCGUGAGUAGGUCAGUAUCAUGUGCCAAUAAAGGAACAGUCUAGCUACCAUAAACCCUUGUAUGUCAAUAUGUUACAUGCUUUCAUUGGACUGUGAUCGAUUUUGCCUAUUUUCCCAUCCCAGAGUGCCUUAUAACUGCACUAUGUUGCAAACAUUGCUGCUGCUAACAUGAUUGUAUUUAGCCUAGGGUCACCAUGUCUUCUGAAAAAGUUUAGUAAUCAAGUAAUGCAAUAAGUAUUUACUUAAAAAGCAGUAAAUCAAUUUGAUGAAAACAGUCAAAAUAUAAUAGAUCUUUACUUCAAGAUUUUUAUCUGACAUAUUGCCUUUGAUAUUUCCUUUGUAUUUAGGAUUCUCCAUCUUUGUCCCCUCGUAAACCAUCACCAUGGCAACUGAAAUUGGUUCACCACCUCGGUUUUUCCACAUGCCCCGAUUCCAGCAUCAAGCUCCCCGACAACUCUUCUAUAAAAGGCCUGACUAUGCACAACAGCAGGCCAUGCAGCAGCUUACAUUUGAUGGAAAACGUAUGCGUAAGGCUGUGAACCGCAAGACUAUAGAUUAUAAUCCUUCUGUUAUCAAAUACCUUGAGGUAAGACCUACUUUUUCUGUAAGAAAGUCACUAUCGUUUUGCAUUCCAACUGCCUUUUCCCUAAAGACUACACUUGAGAUAUUAUGUCUUUACCAUGGUGAGUAAAUUAUAGUAAAAAUAUAGUAUUUUAAAAGGAUACUAUAGUGCCAUUAUUGGCACUAUAGCUCCCUCUGCCUCCCCCCUCCCUCGUGCCCUAUCCCAAUGUCCCUUUGCAAGGGGUCAUGACUCUGCCUACUCUGAGGUUGUUCGAUGAGGAGUGCUAAUGCACAUGUGAAUGCCGCGCAAGCAAUAGGCUGACUCAAUGCUUUCCUAUUGGGAAAUAGCGGAACCAAAAGUCCGGUAACAUUCCGGAAGCUCCCUCUAGUGGCUGUCUUAGUGCUGUAAUGUUUCACCUUGUUUUAUUUUUGCAAUGUUUUACAUUGUAGCACUAAGUGCAAUAGGGAGCUGAAGUGGUCUGGGUGCCUAUAGUGUCCCUUCAAUGUUUCAGUCCAGCAAGAACGUUGUAGAAUUCAGAAAAAAAAAAAUAAUUUGAAAUUAUUACAUUUUUUGACAGAAUAAUUCCAUGAUGCAGACUUUGUAGCAGCACUGUCUAUCUGCUGGUAUUGGGAGACCACGGUGUCAUUUAAAGGGACACAGUAGGCACUGUAACUGCUUCAUUUCAUCGAAGCAGUUAUAAUGUCUGGAGUCCCCUGAUAGUGUCCUUCCAUUCAGAGUUAAACAGUUUUUAAUGCUGAACAAAUAACUGUAACUGAUCCUCUCUGCUGCUUGGGCUAAUGAGGAAGCAUUAACCAGAGUAGUAAUGGUCAGCGAUCAUCAGCUGAGAGUGUCAGGUGAACGCUUUCAGCCUAUUUCAGUGCCAAUGGCGGCUAUGAAUCGGUAUGGCUAGAAGAAAGUUUUUAAGCUCUGCCCGUUACUUAGUGUUAAACUGCUCAAAAAUGGUUUAACAAUGAAUUGAGUGACAGUGCUAGGAAACUCCAGGCAUGAUUAUGAAUUUAAUUAGAUGAAAUUAUUAUAGUGAGUACGGUGUCUUUUAAAAAUCAUGCCACUCUCCUUUAUCAGCAGUGGCCAAAUGUGGGGAAGACAUAUUUGCUAUAUGCAGCAUGGGAAUGGGAAUUCGCUUGAUUAAAUGUUUGUGCUCAGCCAUUAUUUGGUGAUUUAAUCUGUGGUUCAGCCUAAUGAGACAGAGACCUGCUGAAUCAGAAAAUGCCCUCACUUGGACUCCCUCUCCUUAGUGUUAAACCAUUUUGAGCAUUUUAACACUAAGUAAGGGAUCUGUAAGUGGUCAGCUGACACUCUCAACCAAUCACAGCCAGCCAUUGCUGCUCAGGCAAGGAUUUCUCACUAUCUAAAGCAGCACAGAGUGGAUAGGCUGUUGGUGACUUUUGUUUAGCAUUAAACCAGUAAAAACUGUUUAUGCUGAAUGUCAGAACAGCAUUAGGUAAUUCUAGACACUAAACCGUUCAAUGUGAUUUAGCCUACAGUGUGCCAUCGAAGUAUUUCUCCAAUUUUUGGAUAUUGGUUGUUAAAUGGCCAAAAAGUGUAAAUAUAGAUGUGUGGGUACUCAAAAUGAGAUCAAGGACUUUAUGAUUGUACAAUCAAGCAGGAAAGAUGUCAAAAUUGCUCUGUUAAUAAAGCUUGCAUGUGUUGUAUUUCUUUUCACAGAAUCGUGUGUGGCAGAGAGAUUAUAGAGAUAUGAGAGCCAUUCAGCCAGAUGCUGGAUCCUACAAUGAUGUAAGUUUUAGACCUGCCCCCACCAGUUUUGUAACAGUUUCACUUUCAUCUUGGGAUUUGGGAUUGGCAUGCACAAGUCCCUGCCUCCACUACAGCAUUCAGGAUACUCUUACUGAGUAUAGUCCACCUGGCUGCAUAGAGGAGGAGAUGAGCAGUUCCAGCAGCCCCUGGUGAGGAAGUCAGAACAUUCUAAAACAGACUUCUUACAAUAGGGGGCACAAGGCCAUUGUUGUGGAUAUGGUGAUUGGUAUGCUUUGAAGGGCAACUGUAAUGGGAAAACACCCUAUUUUUAAACACAUUUUAAUAAACAAUAUAUAAAAUAAGGAAAGGUUCAGUACAAAUGCAGGUCUGUCUGCAGCAAGGCUAAAUGAGCUUAGUUGUGUAUACAUUAUGCAUAGUCUGCAUGCUCAACUUGGACAAAAUUGAGCAACUGAAGUAUUACAACUGAGCUAAACAAAUAAUGCACAGGGAAAAGGCCACUGGACACCCACCCUCCGAGACAAUGAGAGGGUGCAUUACCGCACCGUUUUCAAAAUAUCACUAAAUUGACCAUCCUAGAGGAGUGGGCUUGAACAUAUAAGAACCAACUAAUAAAUCAAAUAAAGCUUUUGGCCAUAGAGCCCUAUAGCUAGUAGAACUAGAGAAAAAAAUAAGUGGGUGAUAAAAUAAGGAGGCACUGGGUUAAUUGAAAGAAAAACCCCCAAAUGCUAAUGACUGAAGCGGUAUAAUACAGUUAUUUUAAAAAGCUGGCAAAUAUACCCCUAAAUGAAACCAAUAUAUAAAGACUCCUAACCACAAAAUUUUCUUAUAGAAAAAUAUAUUGAAUGUGAUAAAGAUAUAGAAUGCAAACUCAUAUUUGAGUAUAGUGUAAAAUGAUUGAACAAAGUGGGGACCUGGAGGUUAUCCUGGUCUUUUUAAUUUAUUUUGUUUAAGGUGACAGAAGUCCUACAGUGGUCUGUGCUUCAACUGCAAUAUCUCUAGUACUUAUUUAACCCUCAGAAUAUUGUAUAUUAAUAUUGAAGCUUGGCAGGGUCAGUAUCAGUGAGUGGGACCGUAAUAUCUGCAUCAUUUACUUAACUGAAAAUUAGAUGUAUAUUUUUAAUAAAAAUAAUUUGUGAUUUUAAAAGCCAUUUGAAAUAUAAUUUUUUGAGCGUUUCCAUACUGAUGGGGCAUACUGAUUUUUGUUGCAUGCAGCUUGUUCCUCCCAUCGGAAUGAUUAACAACCCUCUGAAUGCUGUGACCACCAAAUUUGUGCGCACAUCUACCAACAAAGUAAAAUGUCCGGUAUUUGUAGUGAGGGUGAGUAUUUGCCAUUAUGGAUGUUAUGAGUAAUGUUCUCUCAAUGUGUAUAUCUGUAUUUUUGAGGAAGUUAUAUUUAACGAUUCUACUAACCUUUUCUUUUUUUUAAAAAUAUAUCUUGUGUUGCAGUGGACCCCUGAAGGGCGCCGCUUGGUAACUGGAGCUUCCAGUGGAGAAUUCACUUUAUGGAAUGGGCUCACAUUCAAUUUUGAAACUAUUUUGCAGGUAAGUACUCUGCAUAGCACUGCACAUUUUUACAUUUUCCAAUGAUGAGAUCCUAAAGGAACUAAAGAAACAUUGAGAGAUUUUGAGGGUUUCUUAUUAAGAUUUUUAGGCUUGCCAACUUUUUGGAACUUCUUUCUUUUUAUCUUUUCUACAAACUGAAAAAAUAUAAAUGUUUGUAAUAGGCCUGAUAUGUUUUUACCAAAUCCAAGACAAUGCAGGCUUGCACUAAUCCCUGACAGAAAGUGAGAGACCCUGGCUGGAAAUGAAAUACAUCUCAUAAUUGAACUGUACACACUGAAAUACAGGGACCAUUAAGGGAGACUAGUGAGCUUAUCUGCAUGCUACAUUAGACCGCAAUAGGACGUCCGCUCUAAGAUCUCCGUUGUUUUUUUGUUUUUAGAAUAUUAGUCAGACUUUACAAAUUCAUGCCUGGUAAGAAUGUGUUCACUCGUUGAAAAUAAUGCAAUUCCCAUUUUUCCUCUUCUCGUACACAGGCUCACGAUAGCCCGGUUCGUGCCAUGACAUGGUCCCACAAUGAUAUGUGGAUGCUGACUGCUGACCACAGUGGCUAUGUUAAGUAUUGGCAGUCCAACAUGAACAACGUCAAGAUGUUCCAGGCGCAUAAGGAGGCGAUUAGAGAGGCCAGGUUUAUAACUACUCCCUUUUCCAUAGUUUCUAUUGCUAUUUUCCCCAAGUGGUCUAUGUAUAUUUCUAAAAAAUGCAUUGGAUGUCAGCCUAGGGUGUUUUGGUGGGAGGGAUUGCUAACAAAUGCCAAAGAGCAAGUUUUGAACAUUCAUUUAUUCUCUAAUGCCUGCACCCAUGCAGCAUUGUGUACUGUUUUUUACUUACACUGUGUAUGCCAAGAUUUUCUCUUUAUAAAUAAAGAAUGCUGUGCAUGUAAAAGUACAGAGAUGCUAAAUAAAGCACACAUCCAAGUAAAUAAAAACUGGACCUCUUCACGCUCCAUGACAAUAAAUAAAACCACAUACUCUCACAAUAUCUAGGUCUUCUGGGCAGUACCCAUACACGGGGAGAGUUGUGCGCAUAAUCUUUAGACACCUUAAAGUGAUGCGGGUGAAACUUUUUAGUAUGAUAAAAAAAGAUGGUUAUUGCAUCAUGUUUGUUGGUAACGUAUAAUCAUUAUACGUGGUAAGAGAACUCUACAGACACCUGCGGUGGGGAAACAAGAUUCAGCCACAAGCCUCUAAUAUACUAUCAAACAUAUGCAUUUACUUCACAAAAGAACAGUAAUGAGGAUCUCCUAUAGUUCAUGUGGAUUCAUAGAAUCAUAGUUGAAACAGAUUACAUUGAUUUUGUUGAUUGUUUUUCCCUCAACACAAAAUGCAAUCAUUUCGGGUUUUUUUAGUUUAAAACAUAUAAAUGUCAUGUAUGCCAGCAGUGAAAGUGUUUAGCUUGAACAUCUGAACAGUUGCUAUGCAUGAAAAUCUUUUUUUGCUGCAUCUGCGUACCCAUCAUUAAUUGUAAACCAACCUUACUCCUGGAUUUCUUUGAGGAAAAUGAUGUCCUACAUCUAAAUGCAAACUUAUAAGUGUUGCCAAUCAGAGAAUAAAGGAUGGAAGGGGAGAGACACAAAGGUAGGAGGAGAUGCUUGCAAAGGUUGGAGAAUUGGGAUCUGUUGGGUGCAAAGUAAGAUUUGAGGUGGCUUUGUGUUGGAAAGUGAGAAUGAGGUGCACAUUUUGGGGGGACACGUUGAAUGAGAUUGCAAAUGGUUGUUGGAUAGUAAGUGGGUGGUGGUAAAAUUUGAAUGGAGUGUAAGAAGGGGUCACAAGCUGCCGAACAACCGAGAAGUAAAACGAAAAAGAAUCUGUUUAUAUGAAAAAUGUACUGUAGUCUACUCUUAACUUUGAAACAGGCAGAUUGAGUUUAUAGAGGCUGUGAAAUGUGGACGGUGUGUGUGAGAAUAGGGGUGAGAGAUGUGGUAGACCAUGAGUAGAUUCUGUUGACUGGGGUGGCUGUUGCAGGUUACAGAAUGGGGAUGGAGGGCAACAGAUGCCAAGCAAAGACCAAGAAUGGGGAUGGCUCCAUCUAAAGAAAGAAUAAGGUUGAUUUGGGAGAGAAAAUUGAUGUGCUGUUGGCUGGAUAGCAUGGGAGAAUCUGGACAUCAAAUGUUGAUGCAGAACAAAGAGGGCAGUAGUAUGAGAAUGUUAUGGCUGGGAGUGUGAGUAUAAAGGGUGUUGAAUUCAAUAGUCAGAUUAAAGGGACAUAUUUAUAUGUUGAAUAAAAAUGGAAGAGACUAAGGAAUAAGACAGCAUAAUGUUGAGACUUUGAGUAAAGAGACAGUUCAGUGGGCUACUGAUUUUGCACAGUGACUGUUGGAUCUGUAGGUGUGCACAGAAUGGAAAGUGGGAAGGUUUUUUUUUUUUUUUUUUUUUUAAUGGAACUUUAGGGAAUAGGACAGAUAAUACCUAUUAGCUAGAGAAUGGGAGAAUCAGCAGUGAUAAUUUGGUAUUGUGGAUUGUGAUUGGACGGUGGGAUUGGGGAACAGGUGCUAGAGGAUAGGGGCUGAGUUAGAAACUGAGUAGGGCCAGUGUUUAUAUGGUUGUGGAAAUGGGAAGAAGGCUUAGAGGAAUUUCAGAUUGAGGUCGACAACUGGGCGAAGAGAGUGCAUCUUGAAACGAUUGCUGCGGGCCAUAGAGUAGUAGGGGUCAGUGGUGAUGACUAAGCGUUGUCAUUGAAGGGGUUUGGCCCCAUAUGUUGAGUAAAAUUUGGAAAAUGGGGAAUCUGGUUAGUGUUGGGAACGGUGGAAAGAAAACCAAACGGAAAAAUAUUUUGAGAGGCUUAUGGUAAUGGGCGAAACACUACAGGUGUUGGCCAGAGUGUGUAAAAAUGUGUGGGCAUGACAAAUGUAGUUCUAGACUUUGAGAAUUGGGAGAAAUUGGUAAUGUGUCAGAACUUAUUUCCAAAGCAAUGUUAGGCAGUAGUGUUGGGUGUGAGCAUUGGAAUGGGCAUGGCAGUUGUUGAGUGGAGUGUGUGAAUGGGGUUGAUGGAUACUGGAGAGACCAGUAUUGACAAUAUUGGCACAAAAGGUUGGGCUUUAGCUUUUAGAUCUUGGAAUGAGAAAUUCUGUUAUGCAGAAUGAGAACUUUGGACAGUAUGGAAGAGGUUUCUGUUGCUAAAUCUGGAGUUUAAAAGUUUUUGUGUAGCAAGGUUGUUAUGAAUCUACAAUAAUAAUUGCCUAGGUAGUGUGGUGUUCUAGCAGAGGAUUAGUGGGCUUUCAAAACAUAGAAGGGUUAUAUGCUGUCCUGUGUGAGUAUUGGGGGUUUAUUCACCAAAACUCUUAAGUUGACUCUUUGAGCCCACAAAGGAAAAUUGUAAAUAAAUGAGAAUAUGAAAAAAGAAAAAUUUAAUCCUGAUAUGAGACUUAAAGGAACAUCCUUGGUGCCAUAACAACUAAAAAGGACACUAUAGUCCCCAAAACAACUUCAGCUUAAUGAAGCAGUUUUAGUGUAUAGGUCAUGCCAACCUUUAAGGUCAUUUGAUCAGUUUUGUCCUAUUUAUGCUAGUUUUUUGUUUUUUUCCAUGUUCAGAUCUUUUUACUUUGGGAUAGAUCGACUUUUUGCAAGUAAUCUGAUUGGAAGGUAAACGGUUAAGUGGAGCUGCUGAGCCGACUCUGCCACUAACAAUUACCUCUUUUCCUCUUAUCUGUAUGUUAAAGACAUGCAAGGGGGCAAGCGGACCAAUCAUCAGAAACAGAAGACAGUGUUUGGCUGCUAGGCACUGUCAGCAACCUGGCUCUUUCAUUGACUGGGUUUAGUAUAUUCUCUGUGUCUAAUAAUGAAGUUGCUUGUGAAAAGCUGCAAAACAUAAAAUAACAAAAAAAACAAAAUGCGUUUUAUAUGAGCCCAAAACCUAUCAAAUGCACUUAGAUUGUCCAUGCGGAAGUGCUCUUUUAUUGUUUUUUAAACUGGUUACAAACCCUAAUCUCUACAAAAAUAGCUCACCGCAUAUCUCAUAUUGAUGGAAUCUUGCCUCUAAUUAAAGGGACACUAUAGUCCGUAUAACCAACACAGCCUAAUUUAGUGGUUUUGGUGUCUAUAGCAUGUCCCUUCAGGCUCAGCAAUGCAAACACUGCCUGUUUAGAGAAAAGACAGUGUUUACAUUGCUAGACAGAAUGUAGUGUUUAUAUUGUUGUCUAGUAGCACCUCUAGGUACGGCCUCUAAAGGUGCUUCCUAUUUCAGUGCUGCUUACAGUGACAUGAUCUAUACUGCAAAACGUUCUGCAUAGUUACGAUGGGUGCUCCAUAUAGAGAAGCAUCUCUAUGAGGAGGUGCUGAUUGGCGCAGUGUGGCGUUUUGCUGCGCAUGCUCAAUAGCCUUCCAAUGAUUUCCUAUGGGAAAGCUUUGGAUUUGCCGAGAUCAUAAAAAUUGAUCCCAGCCGCGGUAAGAUCAGCACAAUGAAAGAGAACAAGUGUAAGUAAAACUCCUUUAAACUUCAUUCUAAAAAGGACCGGUCACCUCAACAUGUUUGUAUUGUUAGCACUUAGUUGUUCCUUUAACCCCUGAAGGACACACGACAUGUGUGACAUGUCAUGAUUCUCUUUUAUUCCAGAAGUUUGGUCCUUAAGGGGUUAAAGUGAAUCUUCCCUAUGCUAAUAUCAAAACUUCAGCACCAAUUAAAAUCUGUUGAAAAACCUUAGUCUGCUUGGUAAAUGGUUAAUAGGAGAAACAGUUGACCAGCAUAAUAGUAGUAACAUAGCAAACCGAAUUUUAUUGCAGAAUGGACUCAUAAAACCUACAUUUUGGCUAAGUGGCUUUAUUAAUGAUUAGUACAUUAUGCCCAAACAUUUAGUUUCAUAUUUCCAUUCUGCAGUACACAUCUGUUUGUUUUGCUACUUUUGUGUGAUCUGUUUCUCCUAAUUACUCACCAGUGGGAGCAUACAUUUCAUUACUAGUUUUCCUGUGUGCAUAGCUCUAUAUGAUGAAUUAUGAAAUCACUGUGCUUUCAAUAGUGCCUCAAAAUUGCAUUUUAGUUGCACCAAGUUAAGGAUAUCUACUUCAGCUGUCAAAAUGUAGGAUUUAGAAAAUGAACUGUUGAAAUUGCUUGUAAUUGGAAGCUAUUAGUAGGAAAGGAGUUCACUAGAGCCUCAUAGUUUGAGUAACUGAAAGUGGAGGAAUUGUAAUAAAAAUGUUGGACAGGAUAGGUACCUAAACAACGUUGGCUUAAUGAAGCUAUUCUGGUGUAUAGAUCAUGCCCUUGCAGUUUCACUGCUCAAUUCUCUGGGUGUUAACUCACUUUUGUUUCUGUGUAUGUGGCCCUACCCACACCUCCCCUGGUUGUGACUCUCAGAUGUUACUUCAAAAGUUUUAUCUCCUGCUCUCUAAAUUUAAUUUUAAUCACACCCUGGAGGCUUCUUUAGGGUCUAGCAAGCUAGUAACAGUGUAGGGGAUACAAUAUUUUAAAUUAAAACGGAAUUUGCAAUAAAUGAAGUGUUUAGAAGGCUGUGUAUAUCACAUGCAGAGAGGUGUGACUAGGGCUGCAUAAACAGUCAUUUAACUACUAAAUGGCAGUGAGACUGCAGGGACAUGAUUUAUACAGCAAAACUGCUACUUUAAAGUAAUACUAUACUCACCAAAGCAACUUUAGAUUAAUGAAGCAGUUUUAAUGUAUAGAUCAUCUCUCUGAAGUUUGACUGCUCAAUUCACUGCCGUUUUAAUUGUUAAAUCACUUUUGUUUCUGUCCAUGCAGUCUUAGUUACACCUCCCCUGUGUGUGAUUCACACAGCCUGCAUGAAAAAAUGUUCACUAUCAACUACAUGUAACUUUAAAGGUUUUUACUACAGUGACAUGAUCUAUAGUGCAAAACUGCUUCAUUAAGCUAAAGUUGUUUUUGGUUACUAUAGUGUCCCUUUAAACAUUACUGUAAUAAAACUAAAUGCAUAAUGCAAAGAGGGAUGCAGUACAAGAAAAGCCAUGACCAAUAAAUUAUAACUUUUAUCUAUCUUCUAGAGCAGCGCUAUAGCUGCCUUGUUACAUGUGUUGGGUAUGAAGUAUAAAUGCAUGAGAGAUAUUUUGCUGUAAGUUCAGUAAUAUAGAGGUUGCAGGAACAUAUCAUUUAAAAGGUUUCUGAAUGGAAAAUGUGAAUCUAAGAAAAAUGUUUUCACGUGGUAUAAUUUGGUUAAGCAGAGUGCAUGUAAGUUUCUCAUUCCUAGGAGAUGAAAAAUGGGUUUUUGCUUGCAUGAAAUAUGAAUUUGUGUGCAGGGAGUUAUGAAAUGUGAGUUAAGUGGUGGUUGCUGUUAUCAGAGAUACUCUUGUUUUAAAGCAUGUUGACAUUGGUCAUUGUAAAAUAUAGCAAGAGUCCUUCUGGGGUGGAUGUGUUCCAAUAAGGGUCAGUAGGAAGUGCAUGGUGACUGCAGAUGAGCACUCAUGGCUAGAUAUAAUCAGUGAUUGUCUGUAGGUCAUAGAGCGUGCAGUAGGUGGUUUAUAAUUACGUUUACGUACGUUGAGAGGUGUCUCGUGACUAACCGGUGUAGAGGUUGUGAGCUGCAUAUUGUAACGGGUGAGAGUGCAUGUAGAGCGCUUGCGAGAGGUGGCUAGUGACUGAUCAUUAUAGAGUUUGUGAGUGGAUUAUAAUUGGUAGGUGUCGAGGUUUAGAGAGGUGUGUUAUAAUUGGGAGGUGUCAAGGUUGGGAGAGGUGGCUUGUGAAUGGUAGAUCUAGAAGAUUGCAAGCUAUAGAUUGACUCGUAGGUGUGCAGGUGAUUUGUUAGUUGGAAAAGUCACACCUUUAUAGCUCUUCUUGCCCCACCUGCAUUUCUUACUAGAAGCUUCUUACAACAGACUGUCGGAUGGACAGUUUCCAUGAUGGACAACUUUCAAUGUCCACCUACUUAGUCACUUUCUGUAUUGUGUGGUAUCAUUGAAGGUAGUUAAAAAAAUCCAUCGGUGCCCUUUAAUAUAAAAUACAAUAUAUUCAUGAUGAUAUUCAUCAUUCUAACUUAAACCAUAUAAUGCACACAGUACGCAAUAUGUACAAUAGGUGGUAUUAUUGCAAGAGAAGCAAAUAUAUUCACAUUGUCGGACUAUUUUUGGCCUUUCUACUUUUUUUUUUCCCAUCUUGCUGGUUGUGUCCAACGCAGUGCUUAAGUUACUUUUCAAUUGGCACUCAUUUUAAUUUUCAUAAAAAUGCACCUUUUCACUUCUUAAACACCAUAUUAUGUUCAAUACACAUGGUAUUCUUUAUUUUGCAUAAUACAACCUUGAUCUUAAGACCAUUUUGCGAGAUACUUGAAUGAUAGGAUCUGUGAUUUAAGAUGUUAAAUAACACACAUUCUAAACACAUUUGCUGAUGGUGUUGGAAUCACAGUACUGUUGAUCUCCAAGCCAGUCUGAUGUUUCUCAUAGAAGCAUUGACAGGUAGAGCAUGUGCCUCAAUCACUGUACUGCACCGGCAAUGCUUCUCAUAGAAACACAUUGCUUCCUGCUUUGUCCCACAGCUCAAAUCAAUCAGGAAGAGCCUCCUCGUGAAUGUUUGACAACUUGAAGGAUUUAAGAUUUCUCUUUAAACUGGUACAUUAAAGUUAGAAGGACAUGGUUAACUCCUAAAGCACUUUAGCUUGUUCUUUAAAGACUGUAAUUCAUUUACUUGUAGGUGUGUUGAUCUUUGAUCGAAAAUUGCAUUAAAAUGAUUUACCAUACAUAUAAUAUAUUUAGACCUAAAAAGACUCAAACAAAUAUGAUGGGACACUAUUGGCUACCAUUAGAUUUCAAAGACUUUUUAGCCACUUAAUCUGCUAACUGACUUUUACUCAUAUACUCUUUUCUUCAUCUUUCGUCUCUGAUCCCUCGACUCCUGCUUUCCACCUUCCGUGUUUGAAUUUAUUAGUCUAAAUGUACAGACUAGGUCAGUGAUGGAAAAUGUCUAAGGGUCCAAUAGGUCACAUGAUUGCAGGAAUAACAAACAUUUAAAAGUACUCAAACCCCAUUACUAUUCCACCUAUACUUAUUUGUUAUUUAUACUUUCUUUCAUUGCCCCACUUCCUAACGUAUGUUCCUUGUUCGCUCUUUUUUUAAUUAAACCUUUUAUUUUAAAACCCCUCAAAUAAUGUUCCUUGUCAUGUCAUCCUCUCUAUUAUGUCAUUCUCUGUUAGAGUUCUCCCUCCAUUUCAAUUCUCAUUUUUCAUCUGCUCCGAUGCCCUUUUUAUGUAUUUCACUCUAUUUAACAGUUUACAUUCUGCUGUUAACACUAGCCCCCCGAUAACUAUUUUUUCUUCUCUACCCAUAUCUCUGUUCAGCUACAUUUCCAUAUUGGACAUAUCGUUCUAAAAUCAUCUUUUUUUUACAUGAAUAUUGGUACUUAUACUUUCUCAUCCUUAAUUCCCAAUUAAAGAGACACUGUAAUAGCUUCACCUGAUUGACACUCUCCUUCUGUUGAGUGUUAAAAAGUUUUUAAUGCUAAAUGAGAAACCCCAGCUGCCCAUCCCAUCUGUGCUGCUUGGGGAGCAUGAGGAAGCGUUAGCCUUAGCAGCAGUGGGUGGCUGAGCGUGUCAGCUGACUGCUUCAGCCUCUCAUAGUUGCCUAUUGCUGGCAAGAAUUGGCAUGGCUUGAAAGGAAAAGUAAUCUCUGCCCUUGCCAUACCACCAGUGGGGACUGGGUUGUGGGCUCAUAGGGAUCCACAUUGUGUUAAACGAAAAUGGUUGGUUUUACACUGACUGGAGAAACAGUGUCAGUGGACUAAGCAAUUCAGUGCCUAGAGUGUCCCUUUAACCACUUUUCUUAAGUGAGUUUCUCACUACCUGUCUGCAACAUACUAAUUGCCACUGUGUGCUUGAUGUGUGUGAAUAAUUGAGUUGGCUGCGAUAUUUGUUCUGAUGACGGUUAUCGCCGCAUCUAGCACCAUACAUGUCACAUUUACUCUGGCCACCAGGAUUGAUUGCUACCCUGUACGCCAACAUGAAGUGUAACAUCAAAGGCCACCAAAUGCCAAUGCUGGCAAACAUAUAUUGAGUUUGCUGUCACUUGGCAAAUUAACAGGGUAGGAGGAGAUUCUAUUGCGUCUGUAUGAAUUGAUAUGCCUGUUUUCUAAUUAGAAUAAUAUUUACACGUGAAGAACCUAUGUACAUUAUUUUGCUAAACAGUGGGAAAACUGUGCAGGAAUGCGGUGGUUCUGUUCAAAAGUUAUUUAUUGCUAGUAUAACUUCUAAUUAAAUGUCAACUGAAGCAUCCCUCGUGAUAACCAAGCAUACGUGAAGAAAAUGAAACCUUGAGAAACAUUUUUAAUAUCUGUUCAAGAACUACAGAGGGUUAUGUAUAAAAAGGUGUUGUGCUCUGAAAAGUGGUCUAAAAUUCUAAAGGAGGGCAGUCGCAAUGGGGGGAAAAUAAGGACAUUUCAUUGUUCACACUCUUCCUUUUACACGUUUGCACCCCUAUUCAGAAUGGAACACACAUAUAUCUCUAAAGGCUUGUUUUUUUUUUUUUUCCCCAUUGCCCCCAUUUUUAAAAUAAGAUUAUCCCGACUAUCCUCUUGCGGCUCUGCAUCUCUGGAGAGACUUGGAAGUACCCAAGACAGUGAUUAUGGGCUACAAAGAUUGUCACCUUUAACUAAUUACAGGACAUGAUUUCCUAGGGUUUUUAUAGCUUUUAGUCCUGUGAUGCACUGUGAAUUCAGACAUCAUGUUUUAUUUUGUUAUAGAAGAACAUAACGUCUUGACCAUUACAAAUUUAAACUUCCACAACUUUGUGUUUGAACCAAUUUGCUCAGUUUCAUUCCUUUUUUAGGCUUAUUGUGUAUUAAUACGUAUGACUAACUUUACGCUGAGCGGUGAUUCGCCCACUUUUAAUCAUGAUCUCUGGGACACAUCAUAGUUUGAUCAUCAAAGCUAUAAAGCCAAACUCCGUUUUAGGAUUUCAAACUUUGUUAGCUUCUGGAAUAGUUAAAACAUGUUCUAAAUAAUACCUCUAAAAAAAACAAACAAUUUUUUUACUCAGAACACUAAUUACUCUAUAUUGGUUAAGAUUAUAAUUGUUAAUGUUUUAAGACCACAAUGAGUGGGGGGAAAAAUACACUUAAUAAAAAUAUUUUAUUUCCAAUGAAACUAAUAUUAGCCCUGAAGUUUUAUAAAAACCAUAAAAUGUUAAAUUGUGCUCUGUCAAAGGUAAUUGAUAGAAUCUGAAAUUGUUGCCCUCUUAGUUUGGCUCUCUAAAAUUAAACCAAUCCGAUAAUCAUGAAGACGUAAAAAUAUGCUUUCCUUUAACCAAAUAGCAUAUUUUAGGUAUGUUUUCUAUUUCAUAUUUUAACCGUAUUUCAACAAAAAUGCUCUAAAUUUGCUCUGACAAUUGUAGGGCACUCUUCCAAACCACCAUCUUAUCUAUUGCUUUAUGUCACCAUAAACUUACUGUGUCAACAGCGCCGUUAUGAAGACUGCAUUGCUCUACUUGGUUUUCUGACCCGUGAACAUCCAACUUUUUAAAAUAUGCAUUCUGACACUGUCAAAGUUAUUUACUAUAGUGAAUAUAGUCAGGAAUUCAAAGUGAAUUUCAAAUUUAAGGCUGAAUUUCUUUUAAUUAAGCUUUUUUUUUUUUAUUAUAAAAAUUUUAAUUCACUUUGAAAUCUCUUUAAGUUUCCAACAAUUCUUACUUGAGUAAAUACCUUCUAAGAACUGUGAAAUGCCACAUAUAUUAUUUGAGAAUUUGGUGAAUGUACGCAGCUUCCACUUUUCCAUUGUGAAAGGAGACACUAUGCAAGUAUAUCUCCUAACUUCUAUAUACAGUGUUAUUUUUAGUUGCACAAUAUAUAGGCAAAUUGUAUUUCUUCUAGUUUAUGUCCUAGUCACCAACACAAGUUGUGCAUAGCUGGUUCACUGUAAAGUAUUGUACAAGUAAAGCACACAAAAAUGUUAUUCAUAUAAAAUGAUUGUACUUUAGUGAUUUAGUUUUGGCACAUCAAUUUUAGGGCACUGUAUUGAUUUCUACAGUGUUUCAAGCCCUAGAUUUAUAAAAAUAUUUAUCAUUUCGUUUUUUCUAACUAAAGAACCGUGUGCACCGAUUAUGAUUUGAAAAACUUAACUGAAAUGAACACUAUUGCAUUAGGAAUUCAGUCGUAUUUCUAACGCUAUAAUGUCAUAGAGCCUCUUUAGUUUUAGGGUCCCUGAUUGUAAACUGUAAAAUAUCACUUUCCAGUGCCAAGACUCAUUCUGUGCAGCUGCUCACUCCUUCUCCCACGACAUCAUAGAGGCAUCGCUUUUUCCUCACAGAGAAUCAUUGGGAAUGAUUUGCACAUCCGCUCCAAUUAAAUGCUUCUCAUAUGGAAGCAUUAAAUCCUGUGCGUCCCUUUGAACUGCAUUCAUUGACUUUCAAUGUCCUCAUGCAGUGCUUGAAAACGUUGAGCGUCAAUGAAUGGAUCAAACUUUGUCUAAGCAGCGGAAGCGCCCCUAGUGGCUGUCGGGAAUACACUGCAGGUGUGUUUAGCACUGUGUUAAAAACAAUGCCAUUGUCUGUUUUUUUUGUUUGUUUGGGUUUUCUCCAAGAUUGCUAAAAUUUAGGGCAAUGUAAUUUUAUCACAUUGUCUAAAAACUUUAUAUUUUAUUUUAGUUUUCUUUACUGGUAAGUUAGCUUCCAGACUAGGCUGUCACCGGGAUUACAGACAGCUAUAUAUGACUGUUGCCCUGUUAUCAGAUCUAAAUUCCUAAUUUUGUUCCCUAUUUAAGAUGUUACUCUAGGCACCACAACCACUUCAGUGAUUUUAAGUGGUCAUGGUGCCUUGAACCUGCAUAUGCAGGCUUUUGCUACAGAACGCUGCUCAUACAGAGAUUAACCCCUCUGCUGACAGAAGUGUAACUCCACCUUCGGCAGUGUCAUAGAGGGCCUAAUUGUGGCCUGACAGAUUUCAGUUCUGUGUAACUUUCCUUGCACAGAAUUGUUAAGAUUAGUUAGCCAAUAAAGGUCUGGCGGUAUCGGAAUUUGUCUUCUCCAGCUCUGUUAAGAGGGCAAAUGUUGCUAAAUGGUUUUCCUCAUUACCAGGGAAAGGACCAUUGUACUUCUGCCUUCAUAAUGAUCAUGAUGCUCAUGCCUUAUGCCAACACAAUGUACUUCAGUGUACUAAAUACACUAGAGAUAAAUUAACGUCUUAAGGACAAAGGCUAUUUUGAGAAGGCACACAUUUGUGAUCAAAGCCUUUUUGGCAUUUUCGUCACCCGUUCCUUAUACUGCAUUUUCAACCUUUCUGUUUAAGUGCACCCCUACAUAUUUGUCCUUUUUAAAUGGACUCUGCAUUCACAAAAAUGGCUUGGAAAAGGUAUGUAACUCUCCAAACCGGUUUUGUGAAUGGGAACGUCACUGAUUGACUGAGUGUGUUUAGUUGACCACUCAAUAAAUUGUUUUGGUUUUUUUUAAAUUCUGUGACAACUUAAAUUUUUGGAAAAGUUUUAGAUUUAAAACCGUAAUUCACUCCUUGCAGUAUUUGUUUUAAAAAUUCAAAAAAAUAAUUUAAAUCCUAUACACAUUGGGCCUUUUAACAAUCAGGACAAAUUUAGUAAAUCCAUUUUGAGUUAGUUUUCUUUACUUGCACUUGGUGUGGAGAAAUUAUUGCAUGUAAAAUUAAGAGACACACAUACAGACCCGGACACACAGGUAGAAACACUGACACGUGGAUGCGGACAUACACAAAAUCACAGGCCCACAGAAACAAACAUUGACACUUACAGAUACACACACACACACACACACACACACACACACACACACACGUGCAGAUACGCGUACAGAUACACUGACACGUGCAGAUACAAACACUCACACACACACAUAUAUUAAACCAAUGAGACACAUGCAGAUACAAAGGUACAAACACUGACUCAAGCUGAAACGGACAUACACAAAAUCACAGACCCACAGAUUCAAACACCUUCAGAUGCACUGACACCCAUACAGAUGUACAGAUAAAAAAGAAACACUGACACACGUGCAGAUAUGCGUACAGAUACAAACACUGACACACGUGCAGAUAUGCGUGCAGAUACGCGUACAGAUUCAAGCACUGACACACGUGCAGAUACUCGUACAGAUACAAACCCUGCAAAACACACACAAAUAAACCAAUGAGACACAUGCAGAUACACAGGCACAAACACAAAAUCACACUCAGGAUUCAAACACAUUCAGAUGCACUGACACCCAUACAGAUGUACAGAUAAAAAAAAAAACACUGACACAUGCAGAUACGCGAACAGAUACAAGCACUGACAUAUGUGCAGAUACGCGCACACACUGCUACACAUGCCAGAGAAUCCAAACCAUUACACAAUAGUACAUUUGUAGAAAGUACCUCUGCUAGGCAACAGAGCAUUAUGACACUUUUUUUCGUUUGUAACGAAGAGCGUUGUGUCACUUUUCGUUUAAACUUUUUAACGCAAACUUAGGUCAAAAUAUGUUUCUUUUUAAGUGUUCUAUUUUGGGAAAAUUUACAGACCACACAUAUCCCACUACUGCAAACACCACAUAUAUACCUUUUCCCAAAACCAAACUUUAAUGCAGCCUAUAAUCCAACCUCUAAUCUGAGUUGUAAUCAGCACCUAAAGCAUACAGAUACUGACACGCAUACAGAUAAGCAGGCAUACAUACAAAUACUGACACGCACCCAGAUACAAACACUGACAUGCACACAGAUACGCAGGCACACAGAUACAGACACUGACAUGCACACAGAUACGCAGGCACACAGAUACAGACACUGACAUGCACACAGAUACGCAGGCACACAGAUACAAACACUGACACACACAGAUAUGCCGGCACACAGAUACUGACACGCAUACAGAUACCCAGGCACACAGAUACAAACACUGACACACAUGCAGAUAUAUACACAUACAAACUCUCACACACACAAAACCAAUGACAUGCAGAUACGCAGCCACACAGAUACAAUCACUGACACGCACACAGAUACUGGCAUGCAUACAGAUACCAAGGCACACUGACACGCAUAUAGAUACCCAGGCACACAGAUACAAACACUGACACAGAUACAAACACUGACACACAUGCAGAUAUAUACCCAUACAAAAGCGCGCGUGCACACACAAAACCAAUGACACAUGCAGAUUCACAGGCACACAGAUACAAACACUGGCACGCAUACAGAGGCACUGGCACGCAUACAGAGGCAGAUACACAAAUACAAACACUGACAUACGGAGACAGUUACUGACACAUGUGGAUGCAUGGACACACAGAUACAAACCAUGAAACACGCAUACAGUAAUGGACAUACAUUCAGAUACAGACACACACACACACAAAAUCACAAAGAUACAAACACAGAGACAUUCAGAUGCACUGACAUACAUAUGUACAGAUACGCAAAUGCAAACAAUGCCACACAUGUAGAUGCGCGCACACAGAUGCAAAUGCUGCCGUACAUAUAGUCGCACAGUCACACUGAUACACCGACUGACUCAGAUACAAUGACAGAUGCAAACACUGCAUACAGAUACAGGCACCCAAAACACACAUCCAGGUCACAAUUUUAGCCACACUCCAGUUUCCUACAUUCUGGGUGCAGGACAGUGACUUUUACUGGCUGGAGCUGUUGGGAGUUAGGGGCUCCCCCUUCCUCCCAGCAUCUUAGGUGGUUAGAAGGGGCAGUACACAACCAGACACCUCAUGACACAUGUCUAUCGGGCAGCCCUAAAGAUUAGGUGCAGCUGCAGCGCUAGAUUCCAUUUCCAAUGUUGUUGUUUUUUUAUUUUUUUUUUAAUAUACACGUGUCCCCGGGAGCACUUGAUUGUACAAGUGCCACGGUUUGGGGACACCUGACAUAUAUAUGGGUACACUUAAGCAGAAAGUGUGGUAGUAGUAAUGCAUGGCGGAAGUGCUAAAAAGGCCUUGGUCACAAACACAUUGCAUCUCAAAAAAACCUUGUUCCUUAAGAGGUUUUUUAAAAAAAACAUACUUUUGGAUCUCUGUUUUACCUUUAAUAAUUUCUACACACCAAGUGCAACUAAAGAAAACAAACUCAAAAUAGAUUAACGAAUUGUGAAUAUGUCCAGGAUUUGUUAAUCUUGAAGAAAUUCUUUAACAAAUGAAUUACAAAGCAUAAACUUUGCAAAAUUUAGCAUCCUGAGGUUACAACUUUUAUAGUAGCCAGAGAAAAUCCAAACCAUUACACAAUAGUAAAUUUGUAGAAAGUAUCUCUCCUAGGCUAUGUAACGAAGAGCAUUGUGACACUUUUUUAGUUUGUAACGAAGAGCAUUGUGACACUUUUCGUUUAAACUUUUUAUCCCAAAUUUAGAUAAAAUGUUUCUUUUUAAGUGUUCUAUUUUGGGGAAAUUUACAGACCACGUAUAUACCUUUGCCCAAAACCAAACUUUAAUUCAGCCUAUAAUCCAACCUCUAAUCAGAGUUGCAAUCGGCACUUAAAACAUCCCCUAAUCUCGCCUCUUAAUCCCUCCUAAGAGGGAUUCACUUUGCUGACGCCAGUACUGACUUUAGCAGAGGGAUUUCAUUCCUGACACUGUAUGUGGACUCUGUGAGUACUCUAUACUCUAUACUCUAUGGUUGUAGCAUGUGUGGGAGAUAUCCUUUUCAUGCUGGAGCUCAAGGAAUGGGAAUCCCUUAGGAGAGCGCAAGCAGUGAAACCUGAUCAGAGUAUUUUCAGACCUUGAGAUUGUCCUUGACACUGGGAACAUUUUAAAAUUAGAACUGUAUGCAAAUUCAUUGAAAGGGUUAUGUACAGAGCUGACUUAGAGCACUGCACAUAGCUGAUCGCUGGUCUGGGGCAACUAACUGUGGCCCCAGGUGACGGAGGGCACCUGGCUUGGUACCUUUUGCUUCAUCACGGUCUAUGCUGUCAACAUGCAUUAAAGCUCUGCACUCCAUAAUCGCAUAGUCAGUCAUGAAAUUCUUAAAGGGAUUCUAAAGUGUUAGAAAUACAAAUCUGUAUUCCAAACACUAUAGUACCCUUUGGUCACCCCCACCCUAUGGGAUUUUUGCUGACGCUGAAUGUCCUCAUGCAGAUCCUGAGGAUGUCUAGUGUCAUUUAGGGGGCUCAGAGUAUGCUAGCAUCCAGGAAGUACCUCUAGUGGCUGUCUGACCGCCACUGGAGGCAGUCUUAGUCCUGCAAGGUAAUUAUUGCAGUUUUUUCAAAAAUUGUAAUGAUUUACAUUGCAGGACUAAGUGGCACAGAUAUAUUGUGCCCAAACUAACUUAAAUGAGAUGAAGUGGUAUGAGAAGUUGCAGAAACUUUCCACUUUUUAUCACAAAUUUGGUUUCCAGGCAAUUCUCACUGUAAUGAAAAAACUUUUUUGCCUUGGGUGAAGGCUGGUAAAUGUUGCCCAUUUUGGUUUUUCAACAUGUGCACAUACAUAGAAUGUGGGAGUAUGUUGGCAGUAAUAAUAGUACGGGCAACCCAGGUUCUCUACCAGUUGUCUGCUGGUGAACCAAUGACACAUUUUACAUCAAUUACAUAUUUCCACAUUAAAUGUGUAUUUUGUUUUAUCUGACUUUUUUAUGAGAAUACUGAGAUUAUUAAUAUUUGAUGUGUGCAACCACACAACACGCAUAGAGCCCCGUUAGUAAAGGUGUUAUUGCUGAUAGCUCCUUGUCUCUGCCUUCCUCUCUUUUGUUCUUCCUGGAUUUUUUGACAACACUCCCUCUGACAGGGUUUUGUGUGUCAAGUGAACACAAAUCUAAAGAGACUGUAACUGCUUCAUCUCAUUGAAGUGGGUAUAGUAUCUGCAGUCUCUGGCGCUGGCUUUCCAUUGAGUGUUAAACAGUUUUUAGUGGUUUAUUGAUAAAUAAGAGAAGAGUCGUAAAAAUAAAGUCACCUCAUGUGAACCUAGAAAUACAUAUUUUUGUGCAGUAUUCCUUCUGGAGUCAAGUGUCUGCACCCUUCUGUCUGAAGGGGGGAAAACCUUUUACAUUAUUUGAAAGGGUCAUAGGUGUUGCCCAAUAAAAAGUCAACAUGGUUAAUAAACUGUUACCGUUUAAGCAUCUUUUGAUGCUUCGUUCUUUUCAUUUUUUAAAGGGACACUAUAUGCACCCUGACAACUUCAGCUCAUUGAAGUGGUCUGGGUACAAUGUCCAAAUUGCACUAAGUGCAAUUUAGAGAAACUGCAUUGUUUACAUUGCAAUACUAAGUCUACCUACAGUGGCUGUCUACCAGACCAGACUAGAAGCGCUUCCAGAAUGUUUCUGGACUUUUGGUCUGUUAGAUGGCUUCUGUACUGGCGUAUUCCAAGAUCGAUGUGAAUUGAGUCUUCCAAAUUAUGGUAUCAGGUUAUGGUUAAGUAGCCGUUUGUUUCCUUUUUAUGUUUAGUUUUAUUGGUGGGGUGAUAUUUUUGUCUGAUUGUGACAGUCUGUGAAAGUUACUAAUAUGAGUGUGUUCCACUUCAUGCUCUGAAGCAGCCACAAGUUGUUCUCAUCUGUCAAAAUCAUUCUUCAUGGCUAGAGAACAUUUCAUUUGGCAUCAACUCUACAAUUUUAAAGUCUAUACAGUUUGAACCCAUGAGAGCAAUAAAAAGUCCAUUCUUCAACAGACAAAAACAAAAGCUUUGACUUCAACCAGCUUCAAAAAAAGAAAAAUGGUAUUAAGUUUUUAUGGUCUACAAGAAUCAAGAGAAAAAAAUUACAUUUUAGUAAAAGGUCACCUUAAGUAUUAUUUUCAUUACUUGUUGCUAUGAAUGGAUCUGAAAUAAAGUGUUUUAGGGUUUUAUUUGACUGAUACAGAUGCUAAAGGGGGGGGAUGGCAAUGAAUUAGAUUUUUUUAAAAUAAUGUGUCAAUUUCUGCUAUUUAUUUCCUGUGUUAUGUUGGAACCUUGGGAGUUCUGGUUUCCUUUUCAUAAUCACGUGAUGGUAUUCAUUUUGAAGGACCAAUUUCAAAAUUAAAUUUGAACAUGGGUGUUGUGAGUACGCAUAUAUAUAUAUAAAAACAUUUUUAUCACUAAUUCAAUUGUCAUUUGUUUUGUUUUAAGAAAGUUAUUCAAACUGGAUUCAGUCACAAAUUAUAUGUAACAAUUGUUUUUACAACCAUGUAUAAAGUUCUUCUUAAAAGGAGAAAUAAGAAUAGUCAUGGUGUAAUUGGAAACAUCACCAAUGUCUCUUGGUUAGUAUCUACACCAUUUUCCCUGAAGAAUCCUGUAGCUGUUUAUAACUUGCUUGUUUGUUUUGCUGUUAUUUUAUUUUAAUACUGGGACUCCUUCAAAGAACUACUAGCAAUAAUUUUGAUUUCCCAUUUUAGUUCAUUUUAGAAGUCUGUAACAAAAUAUGAAAUUGUUGCUUUGUCAGCAGUUAAUGAGACCGAUUUCUACAAAUACCUUCACAUUUAGUUUUCAGGUACCUUUGGUUAAUGUAGUCUUAUGCAGCAAACCAUGACUAUUUUACUUGUCGCUUUAGCUAUCCAUCAUCCCACACCCUAAUUAUUCAGUUUCAGCACCUGGUGAGUUACUUAAUUUGCUAAAUAUGCCUUCGAUCAGCAUUCUCCAGUUUUUAAAUGGAGAGAGGCAUGAAUAUAAUAAGUAAGCCAACCUUUGUCUCUCCAGUUGUUGUGGACUACAUCUCCCAUAAUUCUCUGACAGCAUGAUGCUUUCAAAGCAUCAAGGGAGAUGAAGUCCACAACACCUGGAGUGCUGGAGGUUGCCUUCCCCUGUAAUAGAGAAAUGGUGUCACAUACCAUAUUAAAUUAGUGAUGGUAUGUAAAUAAAUUUAGACUGUGCUGAUAUGUCAUAAUGGCCACCAGUUGGCUAACACUGCCAAAGAUCAGUGCUUUUUCAGACUAUUCAGCCAUUAUACAUAUUUUGUUUUCUUCAAUGGAACAGAAUGUGAUCACUCUAAAUCUAGGAUCGCUGAAGGUCCUUGGUGACUAGUUAUGGCCACAGUGCUCAGAUGCAGUAGAUGCAAAUAUCCGGGUUCUGUCAUUUCCAUCCUCAUUGUUUGUUUCACUGGAAGCCACUUUCACACCACAAACAGAUGAUUGGUGUUCCACAGCGAUGGGCAGGAAGCACCCUUUAAGCCCGCUAUUCUGAUCUAUUUUGUGAGGUUGACAUAUAUUGCUAGAGGCCUUGGCAUUUUUUUUUCCCAUUAGAUACCAAUUAAUAGCAGCUACUUCAUUUUUACACCCCCUUAAGGGGAUUGUCAUUGGAGAGUGCAGUGACUGACAGUUUUACUUAUGUAACUGAAAUUAUAGCAUUUAAUUCCCCCCACAUAAUAUCAGUUUGCUUAUAUUUUUAAAUUGAAUGUGUGUUUAGUUAGAUCUCUGAUACCAAACCACAUCAUUGUGAACCAUAAUACGCAUUAAGUUAAUAAUUAUCUUUAUCUUAAUUGGUUUUCCUUUAAUCAUGCUAAGUUACCAAAUUUUGCUUUUCUGUUAUCUGUUUUCUGGAGACUAGUAUGGAAGAACACCCACAUUAGGCAUCAUUAAAUGAGUAAUAGACUUGGAGUAUAAAAUUCUAGCUUGAGAUUCUAAAUAGUCUGGAGCUGCCUUUUCAAGACUCUCCAAAUCUUCGUUGUAAUGUAAAUAGGGGUUGAAUAGAGUGCUGUUUGUAUCUCUGACUUCUUCAAUGAUGCUUGUCUCCACGUAACAGUUUCUCCCCAACGGACAAUAAAUUUGCCACCUGUUCAGAUGACGGCACUGUUAGGAUCUGGGAUUUUCUACGUUGCCACGAGGAAAGAAUCUUACGAGGUAUGUCAUUUUUAGAGAAUCCUGUGAAUUUCACAAAAAGUCAAAAGUACUAACAUGGACCCUACUUUUACAAAUUGGAGCUUUUAAAAUAUGAAUUAUAUUCUGUUCUGCUGAAAUCUGUUGUACCCUUUGCCUUUGGUGUCAAAAUAAUGCCUAAAUGUUCGUCAAAUUGUUCAUUGGAAAAAUUAAACUUACAAUGUAAACAUUCGGUACCUGACACAUAUGCAAAUGUGAAGUCCACUUGUCAUUUUACUUUUCAGGACACCUCUCAGUGAUUUUCUUGAGCCUGGCAGGGCCAUAAGUGGGAAGAUAUUCUGCUAAACUAAGCUAUUGAGUUAGCCUAACUUAAAACCAGUAUUUAGCAUUUCUCCCAUAUUAAAAUACAUAUCCAACAUUAUUCCUCAAGUGAUAGUGUAGAUGUUAUUAAUAAUGAUAGCUUAAGAAAUAUAAUUGUUCCUCUGUGGCCUGCCAUCUCCCCAAAGAAAACCAUACGCUUAUGUGUUAUCUGAAGAUAAUUGUUGUUUAUCGUUAAUCAUUUUGCAAUAAAGCGUAACACAGCUGACAUAAGUUGUGUACUGCAGAAAUGAGAAUUGUAAUCUUUGGAGAAGGUAAUUGCAAGACUCAAGCUGUACAGUUUAUACCGUUUAUUUUUUUAAACUAAAUGUUGCACUUGUUCUUUUUUUAUUUAUUUUUUCUUCUUCUAUACAAUAACACAAUUAUGAUCUUCAAAUUAAUUUUAAAAUUAGGCCUGGGAAUAAUACCGAAUUGCUGACCUUUUGGGUAUAAUGCAGCAAAAACAUUUUCUGGAUUUUAGACACUAGUAGUCAGUGUAUUUAAAGUGCAGUUCAUAAGUAUUUGGAGACUAACAUUUUUUUAGUGAUGAAUCUCUACUGCACUUUGGAUCAGAAGUGAAAAAUAACCUAUUAAUGAAGUGCUGGCUGACCACUUUAAUUUGACGGUAUUCACAUUCAUAAAACAUGUUUUUUGGAAUUCUAGCCCUUUUCUUCCAUUUUGGCAAAUCAAAAUUAAAUGAACAAAUUAAAACUCUCCUGUAAUACUUAGUUACAAAUCAUUUAACUUUGAUUACUGCCUCAAGUAAACAACCCAUAGGUGCACUUUCUCUAUAUACUCUAUUGAUGCUAUGCCAGGCCUGUACUCAUGAGAUCUUCAGAUCCUUUAUAUUUUGGGACAUUUGUCCCUUUUGUUUUCAUCACCUGGAAAUAUGAAAUCAUGUGGAUUCCUGAUGGAGGAUUGUUUUUGCCACUCGCAAAGAUUCCUUGGUUGAAGAAUAUUUUUGGUAAUUGUUCUGCUGCGUUCUUUCUGGCCAAUGUUGAUUGUAUAUAAAGAGAGAAGAGGAGGUUUCACUUCAGAAUCAACCCCACCAUGGCUGUGAGCAGUUUUAUCAAUGGACACCCGAGCCACUUGCAGUGGUAGCCGUACUUACCCAAACCAUAACGUUGGCACUACAGUGUUUAACAGAUCAAGUUCCAUAUUAGCAACCUUGAAGUCUUCACAUCCCUUUAAGUACAAUUUCAUUUCUAUCUCAUCUGUAUGUAGGACUUUGUUCAACAGUGUAAUUAGGGGUUUGCAGGUUGAGCUGUUCUAUGAUGUUCUAUGAUGCUCUUUAAAACAAAGCCAUUCUUGUACAUAAUGCCCAAGUACAAAAUAAAAAAAUGGACGCAUCUUUCCAGUUCCGUGGUUUAUAGGUUCUGGAUGGGAAUCUCUUCUUGGACUAGAAAGUAGCAGUUACCUGUCAGCCAAUCCCAGCUCUUAUCCUAGUUUUUUUGUUUUGUGUUUUUGCAAUGCUGAGAUCACAUAAAGCCCUGCUUUUGAUUGGUACUGUACCCAUCAUGCAGUUUCCAUCAACUACCAGAACUACAUGAAUGGGUUUGCAAACACAUCUCCAGCUGCAUCACAUAAAGCUUUAAAGCAGCCUGUUAAAGAGGUGGGUUCUUGUGUAAUGUACACAUUCAUAAAAACAACUUCAUCUCACUUUAGGGAGUAGUAGCUUCUUUCUGUGAUGUCUUUAGGUGACAAGCGGGUCUAUUUUGCAGAGGUUUUUUGUUUUGUUUUUUUAAAGCAGAUUGCUGAAACUGCUGUAUACAGGAACAGAAAGUGCCUGAUGUGUCUCUUAAAGCCGUUCGUGACAAGACAUACGGUGUUCAUUGGAGUCUUGGGCACUUUGUCUGUACAAACUUGUGGAUGCGCUCAGCCGCAGGACUUCGAGAGGACAGCUAUUACUGGGCUCCUCAACCAUGAGAUUUACAGUGGCUGCCCCAGUGAUUGUAUCUAUGUGACAAGCUAUCACAGUAUUCCUGUGCUUGUCAGCAAAUGCUGUAAGCCAUCUGUACUGAGCUUCUGCUGGCUGAUUCCCAAGUGAGGCAGUACAGCAAUAGGAAUAGAUUGGAUCCCAAGCACUGGGAGGCAAUCACAUUGAGCACAUACAUUUGCUGGCAGCUAAGGCAGUGUUAUCACUGUAGUUGGCUCUCACAACCAUCACGGGCCUGGGGCCAGUCUGCUAAUAGUGGUCUGUUUUAGAAAGGGUUAGAAAUAAUGUCAAGGCUUAACACACACCCUUCAGUAAGGUAACACAAAAAGUGUCUAUUUUAGAAAAGGGUAGAAAUAACAUCAAGGGUUACUAUUCUUCAGUAUGAUAACAUGAAUCAUGUCACUUUAACAAAUAGUGUCUCUGGGAAUCGGGAAAACACAAUAUCAAAAUUACACAGUGCCUGUAAUUUGAUCAAUUAACUUCUCAAAACUGUGGCAGAGGUUCACUUGGGGGUAUUUUGGCAUUCAGUGACACUAGCAGAACAGAAAUCUGUAUUGCAGCGGGUCAUGCUUUCUGUGAAAUUCCCCACAAAAAUAAAAUGCAUGUGGAAUUACACAAAUUAGAUAUAACGGACAGUUUUGGCAGAGUUGGUGAUAAAAUGGUUAAAUCAAAGGUAAAUACACAGGGUGGUCUAAUUUAUCCAAAUAUGUACUUUGUGAUACAGUUUUGGAUUUUGUGGCUGCUAUGAAAGUAUUGUGUUGGCAAACCAAAUUUAGCAAAAGAUUAACUUUAAAACCAAAACUUAAUCCUUGCUAUACUUGCCUCAUAACUUCCUAAAAACAACUGAAAUCCAGGACAAAUUAGGCAUUUUUACUAUCGGCAGUAAUAAGUGAACUUAUUUUGAAUUAUGGUGAGACAAACAAAUAGUAAAAUGCCUUGACCACAAACACAUGAAACCUCAGGAAAAGCCUUGGUCACAAUGGGUGUAACUUUUUUUUCUCUCCUCAUAUUUAUUCCUCCAAAUUGUGGGAUGUGUGGGCCGGUGACAAUGGGCAAGAAAAUAAAAAAAACUAUUUGGAGAUCCUAAUAUACAUACCUGAGAAAAACAUACUAUAGAUAUUAGAACAUGGUAUGUUUAUGUGGAAUUUGUAAUGUAAUAAUGUUAUAACAUAGAAUAAAGGCAUAGUAGAUGGAAUUUAAAUAAGAAAAGAUUGAACUUUAAGAUUGCAUUGUCAAGCAAUUAAAUAAUACCAAGUAUAUAUUAGUGGUCACACUUAAGCCAAAAAAAUUGUAAGUAUCUCAAAAAACAACAAAACAUACACUAUAUAAUAUAGUGUGUAUAUGUGGAACAUAAUAAGGAAUAAUGAUAAAUGAUAUAUAAAAAUAAAGGAAUAGCAAAUGAAAUAAGAAAAGAUUGUUUAUUAGAGCAAUAAAACAAAAUAGUGUAUGUAUUAAUGGGGGGAAAAAAGAACAAGAAAACCAGACAUUGCAAGUAGAUAAAUAAAACCUAUAAAGCUGAUAAAUAAAAAGGUGCUCUAGACUAUUAAAAUCGUUCAAUUUAGGGUAUAUGUUGGGCAGUAAUAUCAUAGAAACAAUUACUGAAAACAAUAGUUCAAGACGCUGUUUAGAUAUAGAGUAAAACUGUAAUGAUAAAAUGUAAAUGUCUGAGGGGGGAAAAGGAUGUCAGAAGAAGCAUGUGUUUGCUAAACUAUCAUUGUCACAUAUGGGCAAUAAAUACAGCAGAAGUUAGCAGUGUGAUUACUGAAGUCCAACAUUCUCCAGGACAUGAAGGUGGGUACAUCUACCUGGGGGCGAGGUGUCAGAAUACCCAUCAGUUAAAAUCCACACCCAUAUUGUGGGCAAAUUGUUUCUUCAUCGUAGUAAAAAAAAAAAAAAAAUGGGUGUCCCAGAGUGAAUAUAAUGGCAUGAUCAGAUGUGGUUUGAUGUCCCUGGUUGCCCUCUGAAAGAGAGUACCAUACGUGAGUCUAAUAGUUGACAACCUACUAACGUAGUUGAGAAAGGGUGGACAAGGCUAUGUAACCCCCAUAAAGCGCAAUUUGGAGACUGGAAGAAUUGGUAUGGUAGCCAACAGAGCACUUGAAGGAAUGAACUUUGUGACCUCAAAUCUUUGCUUUAAACUUAAGGUUUUAUUAAAAAGUGAGAUUUUUAAAAAACAUCUCUAGAUGCUGGGAUACUUCUACUAAGCAUUGGUAAUUUUUCAAAUGCUGCAAUGAUAGGAUCUCACCACAGUGAGUUGCCAAAGGUUAGAUAUCUGAACAUAUCAUGUGGAGACAUAAGUCAUUGUGAAGAAGUAGAUAUAUUCACCAAUUGUUACAGAUGUUUUUGCAGUAUUGUAGGAGAGUGAGCAAUACUAGGUAAAUUUCAUUCCACCUGCUGAUUGGUGAAGUAGGUCUCCCAGAUCACAGGUUUUAUUACAAGACAAGUAGCCUUGUCAUCACGCAACUUCCUAGAGGUCCAUGCAGAAACUUAAAGAUAGCCAUGAAAGUUGCAUCAGCAAUGGUAAAUGGACAUUACCACCAAUGCCUUCUGCCCUAUGGUGAAGUUAUUGGGAUUUUCUUUCAUCAGCAGUUCUUUCCAUAUGGGCAUUUAAGGAUAGAAGUAGUUUAUGUUCCUUUAGUGGAUAAUUGCCAGCUGAAUGGAAUCAGAUAGAGAACAUGUAUUUCAUCAUGUCUGUUUUCCCUUUGCAAGACAUUGUCUUCUUCAUUUACAAGGGUUCUGGCUUUCAGGUUUCUAGUUCUUAAUUGUUAGAGGACAAAUUAAGCAUCAUGGGCUUGGAACCUGUUUUUGUCUUUUGCCUAUUUUCUAUGCCCAGUAUAGUAGUGCUAUAUAUUUUAUUGGUAAUAAAGGCUUUUCUCUCUGUGUGUAUGUGUGUGUUUUAUUUAUAUAUAUAUAUAUAUAUAUAUAUAUAUAUAUAUAUAUAUAUAUAUAUAUAUAUAUAUAUAUAUAUAUAUAUAUAUAUAUAUAAUUUUUUUUUAUUUUAGGUUUCUCUCAGUGACUGUUUUCUUGGGAUAUUUGACAGCAGGGGUAGGCAACCUUUGUAACUAGAUGUUGUGGACUACAUCUCCUAUAAUGAUCUUACUGAGAUAAUGCUAGCAAAACAUUAGGGGAGAUGUAGUUCAGAACAUCUGGAGUGUCGAAGGUUGUCUACCCCAGCCCUACAGGAUAGGCAGUCAGCACCUCUUUCACGCUUUGUCCAGUUUUUAGACUGUUUGUAUUUGUACCAUUUAUAUAAGCAUCAAACCCACCCAUGCAAGCAUUGAUAUGUUGCACAAUUAAAAUAGCUUUAAAAAGAUAUAUUAUUUUGCCAUCGCACAUAUUAAUGCUGUGUCUACAUGCAAAGCCUCCUUAAACCAUACACACUACAGUGUCUGCAUGCCAGCUGACGUUCUCAGCCAAUGAAUGCCAUCCACAUGUGGACAGAAUUAAUGUUACUACAAUGAGCUAAAUGGGCUGGUCAAAGUAAUCCACCUUUGCUCAUUUGAGGUGAUGUACAAUAUGUGAUGACACAGGACAACUCAUUGGGGGGAAAAUUGCUUAUCUGUUUAGUUUUUUCAAUGGGAAAUUUACAAUUUUUGUAAGGGUUAUUCCAUGUUUAUUUAUUAUUUCAGGACAUGGUGCUGAUGUAAAAUGUGUUGACUGGCAUCCAACCAAAGGUCUUCUUGUCUCCGGAAGCAAGGAUAGCCAACAGCCAAUUAAAUUUUGGGAUCCUAAGAAUGGGCAGAGUCUUGCAACACUGUAAGUGUCUGUCUGUUUGCAUAUCUGAUUGUGCAUGUCCAAUCUUAGAAGAGUGAGUGUGUGUGUGUGUGUGUGUGUGUGUGUAUAUAUAUAUAUAUAUAUAUAUAUAUAUAUAUUUUAUAUUUUUUAUUCAUGUCAUAUUCAUACUUGUUACUCUCUCAGGAUAAUGCAUAAACAAUAUAUAUAAAUUAUUACUUGCACGUGUUACAUAUUAGUGAUUAUUUCACUGGUUAUUGUUUUUAGCACAAAUGUCUGUUUGCCUGGUGCCUGUAUUUUAAGCUUUUUAUUUUAUUUUGGGACUAUAUGAGUUUCAGUAGAAAAUUAGGACGCACUACAUGUGUACCUGUCUCUUUAUUUUUGUGUUUGUUUAUUUUUUGGUACGUAUUUAAAAUGAUGGCAUUUUAUCUUUGUCAUUCUAUACUAGACAUGCUCAUAAAAAUACAGUAAUGGAGGUGAAGUGGAACUUAAAUGGAAACUGGCUGCUGACUGCAUCCCGAGAUCAUCUGUGCAAACUCUUUGAUCUUCGAAACCUUCGUGAAGAGUUACAGGUGUUUCGAGGUCACAAAAAAGAAGCUACAGGUAAGACAUGUGAAUUGUUCUUAUGAAAAAUAAUGAAAUGUAUAAAAGAAAAUGUCCUGAUCAGGUUCUUUUUCUUUAUAGCUGUUGCCUGGCAUCCAGUGCACGAGGGUCUUUUUGCCAGUGGGGGAUCUGAUGGCUCUCUUCUCUUCUGGAAUGUUGGGUAAGUAUUAAUCAUGUGUGCAAUAUGUAUUUGUCAGAAUGUGGAUUUACAUAUUUUUAUAAUCUUUUUCUGUUUUCCACAGGGUUGAAAAGGAAGUAGGAGGCAUGGACAUUGCACAUGAGGGGAUGAUCUGGAGCCUUGCUUGGCAUCCACUUGGGCAUAUUCUCUGUUCAGGAUCCAAUGAUCAUACCAGGUAAUUGAUUGCAUAGUGCUUUUUAAUUAGCAUGAAGGUAAUGUUUGCUUUCAUGUAACCCAAGUUUUCUUGUAGUAAAUUCUGGACGCGGAACCGGCCUGGAGACAAAAUGCGAGACCGCUACAACUUGAAUCUACUACCUGGCAUGUCAGAAGAUGGUGUUGAAUAUGGUAAUUUUUUUUCUUCAACUACUGUUCUGUCUCCGUUUGUGGACGUAUAUAUCACUAUUAUUUAAGUAUAAUUUAAUUCCUUUUCUAACUUUAAGAAACUGCAACCAAUUAACGAGCCAUUUGUAGUAUUAGCGAGGGCUGUGUCUUAACUCCUCUCAAGUAUAUUGUUGCAGAAAUAAUUAGACAAUCAAGAUUAAAUGUCAGUGUUAAACCCUCUUUGGAAAUUAAUAUUUGUACAUUGGGUGAUGUAUGGCAGGUAUUCACGGUCUGAAUUUUAACAUUCAGGCCCCGGCUUACCAUCCGUUAAACAACAAAAUGUCCAAAAGCUCAACAAGAUCACUUUUUUUUUUCCUCUGCAACUAUAGACUAGUUGGGGAGUUAAGAAAAACCCUUUAGCCAUCCUGCCUACCAUACCUCUUGUGAAGUUGGGCCCUCUUACAAGGCCCUUGUUCCCCUUCCAACAGAGGCUUUUGCUCUCUCCUUUAGCCUGCUUAAUCACUGUUAAGCUAGUAUUUUACCACCAUGUGUGAGAAAUAUAUAGUGGGAUUGCAUGUGGCCCCUCCACAAAGAGUGCUCUUCUGUUUCGUGCUGAAACAUCAACAAUAAAUAAAAAGUACAGGCUCGCAUCCACCAAGAGCAUGGCUAUACUACUGAUCUAAUCAGAGAGAGGCACACAAAAUUGAAGACGGUUGAGAUCAGACAAAAACUAGGAGAUUGAGGCUGACCCAAAAUGGCUGGCCAGAUGGGGAUUGACUCAAGAUCAUGGUGAGAGGUGGGCAGGCACAAGUUUGGUUGGCAUUUGGAGGCCAACAUAAAAAAAAAAAAACCGGUGGAAGAGAUGGGGCAGACAAAAUCUAAAUGAUGAUUGGAGCAGACUUUAAAGUUGUGCGGUGUAAGAGUGUGAGAAGUAAAGAGAGAGGGGGCAUGGGAGAAAAAUUUUUCAGAAUCCUAUACUUGCAAUAUUUAGUUCUGCUUUCCAUACAGACAAAAUACAACAAUCACGCACAUUUCCACUCUACACAAAUACAGCCAAAUAUUCACACUCAAAAAUACCUCUGUGCUUACACAUACAAUUUUCCUUUAUUAUCUUAGCCCUAAUUAUCUUGUUAGUUUGGUUCUGUUUGUUGCUUGUUGUGUCCUUGAUAUAUAAUAUUAAUUCAUGUCUUUAGAUGAUGUUGAACCAAAUAAUCUGGCUGUUAUACCUGGAAUGGGAAUCCCAGAACAGCUGAAAAUUGCAAUGGAACAGGAACAGAUGAGUAAGAUCAUGUUAUAAACUCUGUAGUCUGUGUGCUUUAUUCCACUUCAUUCCUACAAUUCCAAUAUGCUUCCUGGUUUUCUUUUCAGGCAAAGAGGAAUCUAUUGCAGUGGAAAUGACAAUUCCUGGGCUGGACUGGGGAAUGGAGGAAGUAAUGCAGAAGGAUCAAAAGAAAGUACCUCAGAAAAAGGUUCCAUAUGCUAAACCCAUCCCAGCUCAGUUCCAACAGGUGAGUCGUAAAACGAUUGCUUAACAAAGAAAUAUAUACAUAAUAUUUUGAAGUGUAUCGAUAAUGAAUUACAAGAUACAUGCAUCUGGUUUGAGAGUUGUAGUUCAUUUAGCUGCUUCCAGAAACAGUGUGUAUAUGUAUAUAUGUGUGUGUGUAUAUAUAUAUAUAUAUAUAUAUAUAUAUAUCUCCCUCUCCCUCCCAGCGCUGGUGACCUCUCCUCCCCCUUCAAUGUCAGCUCACGAGUGGAGCAGAAUGUGCAUGUGGGAUUUAGAAAAGUUCAUUAAAGACACACUUUAGGCACCCUAACAGUUUCAUCUCUCGGUUGGUUAUAGUGAACUUGCACACAUGAAAACUUCCUUGCAUUCAAAGUGGAGUCGAUGUAAAGAUAUAGAAAAAGUAUAAAAAUGUUCUCUAAAUAAUGAUAAAAAAAUCACAAACUAAAAUAUGGCUGUUGGUUAAGUAUAGUGCCACUAUUACUAACCCAAGAGGGACCACAGGACUUAACACAUGCCCGCCUUGGCCAAACACUCUUUCUCAACAGACGGGUCCAACUUUGCAGGACAUAUAAUAGGAUGAAUUGCUGGGGAAGCAAUGGACUUGUUUGCUGCUUAUGAAGAAAAAAAAAGGUUAUAGAGCCUGGAGUUUCCUGGCACUGUCCCUCCAUUCAGUGGUAAACUUUUUUUCUAGCUGUUCAAUGCCCAUUGCUGCACAGGCUUAAGGCUUCCUCAUUAGCCAGAGCGGCACAUAAGGGUGGGGACUCUCAUUUUGCAUUAAUACAUAAAACAUUAUUUAGUGCCAAAUGGGACGACCGCACCAGUGAACUCCGGGCACUAUAACCAUUUUAAGGAGAUGAAGCAGUUACAGUGCCUAAAGUGUCUCUUUAAUAGACAGUUAUUUCGCAUACAUUUGUUAACGUUUCAGAUGUUUGCAUUUUGAGUAGUACAUUCUUUGCUUAUUUUGACAGAAGGAAAAUGCUGUAAAUUCCAAUAUAUAAUUUGUGUAAAAAGUACUGAGUGCAAAAUUGUCUUUAGCACUUGGUCAAGACAAAGCUCAGGCUCAGCAGCAAAUGUGUAGAUAUUGAAGAAUUGUUUUUCUGGAAGAGAAUUUUCUCAUGAUUUCUUUCUCUUGCAGGCCUGGAUGCAGAAUAAAGUACCGCUCAUACCAGCGCCUGAACCUGUUCCCGAACGAAAGGAAGAAGUUAAAGUCGAUGAUAAGAAAAAGAACCAGGCUGAGAUAGAGCAGGAAAUGGCAGCCCUCCAGUACACCAAUCCUCAAUUGCUGGAGGUAUUGAAAGUAAUAGAAAAUCAUGUAUUAAAGGGACACUAUAGUCACUAGAACAACUACAGCUUAUUGCAUUUGUUCUGGUGAGUAUAAUCAUUCCCUUCAGGCUUUUUGAAGUAAACACUGUCUUUUCAGAGAAAAGCCUAGGAAUUACCUCCACUGGCUCUCAUCAGAUGGCUACCAGAGGUGCUUCCUUGGACAGUGCUGCAGUGUCUCAACCCUCUGCAUGGAGACAUUGAACUUUCCUCAUUAUUGAUUCAAUGCAUCUCUAUGAGAAGGUGCUGAUUGACCAGGGCUGUGUUUGGCUUGUGCUGGCUCGGCACCUGAUCUGCCUCCUUGACAAACUUAACCAAUCCAAUGGGAAAGCAUUGUGAUUGGCUCAGAUUACUACUUUUGAUGACGUCAGCCAAGCAAGAAUAUCAGGGACAGAGCUAGCAGCAGCAGACUGAAUUAAAAGUACGAUGUUCCUAUAUUUAGGAGGCCCAGAGUGGCUACAUGGUGUUUUUAAUACUAUAUGGUCAGGAAUACAUGUUUGCGUUCCUGACUCUAUAGUGCUUAUUUAAUAAAUAUGGUUUAUGUGCAUUUUUAACUUCUCUAUAAAAAUGUAAAUAAAGGCAAAAUCGGUUAAAAAGAUCUUUUGACAUUUUGCUUUUUAAUAGGCAAGCUUGUAAACUUGCUAUUCAAUUUAUUACUGUUCCAUGGUAUAUUUCAAAGACCAUGUGAUUUUUAGAUUAGUAUGCUAUUUAUUUUUUACUUUUAAAAGCAUACAGUUUAUUCAAGCUGCUGCUUUACGGCAUUAUCAAAAUAUUUGAUUGCAUUUGUAAUAUAAUGUCAUUUAAAUGAAAGGAUCACUAUAAUGUCAGGAAAACUAAGCGGUUUUCCUGACACUAUAGUGCCCUGAGGGUGCUCCCACCCUCAGGGUCUUCCUCCCGCUGGGCUGAAGAGGUUAAAACCCCUUCAGCAGCUUACCUUUUUCCAGCGCCGGGCUCCCUCGGUGCUGGUGACCUCUCCUCCCCCGCUGACGUCGGCGCAUUCAAGCUUUCAAUAGGAAAGCAUUUUUCAAUGCUUUCCUAUGGCCGCUCUGCGUGAUGGAGGCAUAUGCGCCUCUAGUCAUCGCAGAUGCGCCUCAAGUGGCUGUCCGGAAGACAGCCACUAGAGGCUGUCUUAACUGCUAUGUUUGCAUCUGAAGGGUUAAAACCUGAGGUACCUGACACCCAGACCACUUCAUUGAGCUGAAGUGGUCUGGGUGACUAUAGUGUCCCUUUAAAGGACCACUCUAGGCACCCAGACCACUUCAGCUUAAUGAAGUGGUCUGGGUGCCAUAACCAACUGCUAUGUUUAUGAAUGGGCUAAGCCUUCCCCCAAAGCCUCUAGUGGCUGUCUCAUUGACAGCCGCUAGAGGCGCAUGCGUGAUUCUCACUGUGAAAAUCACAGUGAGAGCACGCAAGCAUCCAUAGAAAAGCAUUGAUAAUGCUUUCCUAUGCGACCGGCUGAAUGCGCGCGCAUUCAGCCGAUGGGGAGGAACGGAGGAGGAGAGCUCCCCGCCCAGCGCCGGAAAAAGGUAAGUUUUUACCCCCUUCCAGAGCCGGGCAGGAGGGGGACCCUGAGGGUGGGGGCACCUUCAGGGCACUAUAGUGCCAGGAAAACGAGAGUGUUUUCCUGUCACUAUAGUGGUCCUUUAAGUACAUUUUUAAUAAAAAUAUUGUACAAAGAAUCAUAAUUACCAACAAAUAAGAGGCCCACUUUGUCUGUAACAAUUCUUCCCAUUUUUCUUUUGUUGGUAAUUUUAUCUCCUCCUUUUUCCAUUUUCAUGACAUUUUUGUUUUCUAUUUAAGUCAAAGAUUCAAUGUUAUUUUUUUCAUAUAACAUGUGAUGUUAUAAAUACCAUCUGUAUUAUAUUAAUAACUUUUGUUUAUCUAUAUUUGUAAUCUCACCAUAGCGUAUUAUUUCUUUCAUUUCCAGCAACUAAAGAUUGAAAGAAUAGCCCAGAAGCAAGAUGUUCCAGGGCAAGCUCAAGGCCUUCCUUCUCCAUUGGCAGUGCCACCCCAUGUGCCCUCAGCAUUCCAGGGCACAGGACCACAAACCCAGCCACCCCAGGCAUUCCAGCAACCUCCUCCCUCCCAACAGAUGUCAGUGAACAUGCCACAUGGUCCUCAAGGACAAUUCCGACCUCAGGGGCCUACAGGCCCGCAAGGUUUCAUGGGCCCAGGUCCACAAGGUCUAAGACCUCAAGAAAUGCAUCCUGGGUUACCCAGACCUCCAGCUCCACAUGGAUCUAUUGUUCCCCAAGGUCCUCUACAAAAUACAGUGCCACAAGGUCACUUGGGAGCUCAAGGGCCUCCAGGUCCUAGAGGAAUCCAGGGUGUGGCUCCUCACCAUGGCAUGCAGGGAGCACCAGGCCCGCAAGCACCACUUAUGGGUGUUACUCCAAGAGCUCAAAUGCCUCAUGGACUUAGAGACAAUCAAGGUCCUAGUCAAGGUAUGCUAAUGGGUCACUCUGCACAAGAUAUGAGAGGACCUGCAGGUGCAAUGGUUGGACAUGGACCAGAUCUACGUGGACCCAUGGAAAUGAGGGGUCCCUCAGAAAUGCAUGGACCACAAGAUAUGAGAGGUCCCUCCGACAUGCAUGGCAUCCAAGAUAUUAGAGGUCCACCAGAUAUGCGUGGUUUGCAGGAUAUGAGAGGUGGAGGACCUGAUUUACGUGGCCCUCAGGAUAUGAGAGGACAGAUGGACAUACGUGGCCAUCAGGAUAUGAGAGGUCCUCCCGAAAUGCGAGCUCCCAUGGACAUGAGGGGUCCUCCAGACAUGCGUGGCCCGCAGGACAUGAGGGGUCCUCCGGACAUGCGUGGCCCGCAGGACAUGAGGGGUCCCCCCGACAUGCGUGGCCCUCAGGAAAUGAGGGGUCCCCCCGACAUGCGUGGCCCUCAGGAAAUGAGGGGUCCCCCCGACAUGCGUGGCCCUCAGGACAUGAGGGGUCCCCCGGACAUGCGUGGCCCUCAGGACAUGAGGGGUCCCCCGGACAUGCGUGGCCCUCAGGACAUGAGGGGUCCCCCAGACAUGCGUGGCCCUCAAGACAUGAGGGGUCCCCCGGACAUGCGUGGCCCUCAAGACAUGAGGGGUCCCCCGGACAUGCGUGGCCCUCAGGACAUGAGGGGUCCCUUGGACAUGCGUGGUCCCCCAGAUAUGCGCGGCCCUCAGGACAUGAGAGGUCCUCCAGAUAUGCGCGGCCCUCAGGAUAUGAGGGGUCCUCCAGAUACUCGUGGUCCUCAUGAUAUGCGCGGUCCCCCGGAGAUGCGUGGUCCCCACGAUAUAAGGGGUCCUCCAGACAUGCGAGGUCCUCCUGAGAUGCGUGGGCCUCAAGAUAUGCGAGGUCCUCCAGACAUGCGUGGUCAACAGGAUAUGAGAGGUGCUCCGGAACUUCGUGGUCCUCAAGAUAUGAGGGGACAUUCAGAUAUGCGUGGACCCCAGGAUAUGAGAGGCCCUCCUGACAUGCGAGGUCCACCAGAUAUGAGAGGACAGUCUGAUAUACGUGGUCCUCAGGAUAUGAGAGGCCCGCCUGAUAUGCGUAAUGCACAAGAUAUGAGAGGCCCCCCUGAUAUUAGGGGACCUUCAGAUAUGCGAGGCCCUCAGGAUAUGAGGGUACAUCCUGAUAUGCGUGGACAACAAGAUUUGAGAAGACCGAGUGACAUGAGGGGUACUCAUGAAAUGCGGGGUCCUCAGAAUAUGAGGGGUCCCUCUGAUAUACAAGAAUUGAGAGCUCCUCAAGAUAUGCACCUUUCUGAUUUGAGAGCCCCUCCUGACAUGGGAGAAAUUAGGGGUCCUCAGGAUGUAAGAGGAUCUCAAAAUAGAGGAGCAUCUCAAGAUAUCCGGGGACCAUCUGGAUCUCAAGGAAACCCACAAGUACCUCAUAGUCAACAGAACCCACCUAGAGCAGCCCAGCCACCGCCUCAAAAGGCUCCAUUACUGGGAGAUGGUCCCAGGCCAUUUAACCAGGUAACUGCAAUUUAUAUCAAUAGGAACUAAAAAUAAUAAAUGUUUAUUCAGUAUAACUUCUUGAGGAUGGAGGCAGAUUUCCACUGAGCUGAUUUGUCUUCUGAACCAAAACAAAACCUAGAAUUUAAACUAUGGUUUUCUUAGUAUUGUAUAAGUAUACCUAACUUCUCAUUAAGUGUGAAUAAAAUGGAGAAAAUGGGCACAUAAAGUGCAACUAAAGAAAAAGAACUCAGAAUAGAUCCGAGUUCUGCUUGUUUUUUGCCUCAUAAAUCUGGGUAUUUAAUGCUGACUCUAUACCAAUCCUACCCCUAAUCCUAUGGGUACACUAAUUCUAACCGUACACCUACCCUAGCCUUAACCCUACACUAUCCACAACCGUAAACAUUCAAAUUUGCCCUUCUCCAACACUAAUGUAGAGGGAUUUCCUCUGUUGACAUUAGCACUGGAAUCGGCAGCAGUAUUUCCCAGCUUACAAAGACCUAACUCUUAUAUUGCAGCUUCUGCAUGCUGUUCCCUGCCGAUCAAACGCAUUACACUCAGACUGCAAACUGAUUAAAAUUGUGAUGUAGAUGGUGAAUACAUUGGCAUGUCAUUAUUAUUAUUAUUAGCAUUUAUAUAGCUCUAACAUGUUCUGCAGCGCUUUCCAAUUCUAGAAAGAGCAUGGUUAGUGGUAAUCAUUUUUAAAUGUGAAGGCACUAUUUCAUAUACUUCCUUAAUAUGGUUAACUAAAUGAUGUAUUCCUUUUGCAUCAUUAUAUAUUUUUAUAAGGACUGCUGAAUUUGAAUACAUUGUUAGAUCAGUUUUGAUUUGGCAUAGGCUUGUAUUUUAGAGGAAUAUGCCCUUAAUUUCAAUUGAUUUUGUAAAGAGAGGCUAUACUUUAUAUUUAUUGUUGCAGAAUAUAUAGCGUAAAUAGUUUCUUUAACAGUGUUUUUUAAUAAAACUGGGUUUUUGGUUAGAAUUACCCUAUCCUGCUCACCUCGGAGUCCUUUUCCCCAUCCACUUAAAGGGGCCAGUAGCUCCCUAGCCCCCAUUCAUAAAAAAAUGUUUUUAGAAAUGUAUUUAGUUUUCUCAAGACGUUUUGUGAAUGGGGAGCUACUGAUUGGCUUAGAGCAGCAGCUGUCCACGGUUGUUGGAGUGUGCAGAGUGGUGCUCGUGUGGAGAUUUUGGUGUUAAAACAUUUGUGAAAAGUCCAACCCCUAAAGGAAAUGCUGGGCCAGGGAUCUCUUAGCAUCAUAACAAAUAUAUUUGGAGUGUUCCUUUAAAAAAAACUAAAGCACAAGCUUACCUUGGUUCCAGCACCAAAGCCAAGUUCUCCCUUCAGCAGAAUACUCCUCUGUUGAUGUUUUCUAGCCUGUGAUGUAAUUUUCUUUCAUUUUGAGCUGAUCUUAUCAGAUACAUAAUGUGUAAAAUCUUUAUCUGUCUGUUGUAGGUUGUAGAUUUACUUUUUAGAACAGUUUGACAACUUACCUGGAUGUUGUCAAAGCCUCGCAGCCAUAUGCAUUCCUUGCAGGAGAAUCUGGUUAGCUCUACUGAGCAAAGCAUGACUGUGCAGGGUUUUUGUCAUUGUUUGUGAGCAUGAGUCUUGGCUUGGUGAUGACAUCUGGCUUCUCUUGCAGGACAUGACUGGGUGGGAAGCAAUGGGACCCAAAGCAUUGUGAUUCUAUUAGUACAUUUGUAAUUAUUCUUAAGGUUGUUUUUUUUUUUAAAGCUUAAUAUUUCUCUUUUAUUACUUGUUUCCAUCAGCAGGUUGGUAAAGGCCAGGCCCCAACUCCUCUACUCCCUGGUUUAGCGGGACAGCAAGGCCCACAAGGACGUGUACCACCACUGAACCAAGGGCCUAGUCCUAACAAAGGUGCAUAUUGGCUGUACUACCUAGAACAUGUUUUGUCAAUAGCUGAUAAUACCAAAGUUAGCCCGUUAGAAACCAAGCAUCUCGUGAUGUGAAAGACUUAUGUAACCAUUGAUAAAUUAAAGGAGAAUUUUAUGUGUUCUAACCCCACAAUAUAUUCUCACAUAUAUUCUCAUUAACACAAUUAGUGAACAGGUUUCAUUUUUUUUAUUUUUUUUUUAAAUAACCGUUGUGCAGCUGUUCUUAAACUUGCAUGAUAUUGCUGUAAGUUAUGUGCACAAUUGAUAAAAUAAACUUGGUGAUGUAUAGAAAAAAAAAUUAGUGCUUACUUCAAACCGUGUUAACAUGCCGUUAUGUUUGGCGCGCUAUACCAAAAUCUUAAUAUACACAUUUUUAUUUUUUUAAAUCGGAUUUACCCCAAGAAUGGUUUGUAAUAUAUGCUUUUAUUACUUGGCGAACAUAAUUGUGCCAACUAAAAUUCUAUUUGUUGAUAAAUUGCGAUGCUCUCAUUUCAUGUAGCCUUAUUUGCUGUUUAUAAGUUACCGGUAAAUUUAAAAAAAAUGAGUUUCUUCAGUAUGUUUGUGAUCCAUGAUUUACCUGCCUCUAAUCAUUACUUAAAAAAAAAUAUUCUAAAAAAACAGGUGAUAUUCGUGGACCAGUAACCCAUCAGUCAGAAAGGAGACGUGAGCCAAGUCCUGAGCGUGGCCCGUUCAGAGGUGGACAAGAGUGGAGUGAUUCACGUGAUAAUAGAGGACAUCCUGAUAGACGUGGAACUCAUUCUGAUCCACAUGAGCACCCAGACGAUUAUCACCCAGAUGAUCGUUAUGGUCCUCGUAGAGAAUUUGAUGGAAGAGGAGGUGGCCAUGCAUCGCAGGAUGAUAAGUGGAGACGUGGAGGAUCUAGCCAGCCAUAUCCUUCAAACCAUAGAGAUUUUCCAGAACGGGAUAGAGAUUCCAGCAGAUGGGAAGGGAGGAGACACUCAGAGGAGAGAUAUUCCAGAGACUCUGAAGAUAUGAGGUUUCGUGGACAGAGAGAUGAAAGGUCAGUAGAGUGAUUAAGAGCUCCAUUCAGAAUAUGUAUUUAUUCUCUAGGGGACUUAACAAAGUUUACACUGACACGUGUAUUUCCCCGUUUUUCCUAGGUAUAUGUAGUUUAGAAUUGUGUUUUUGAAAUGAAAAUGAAAACAAAUUUGGUUAAAAUUUUGUCUAAUAGUAUUGUGUAAGGUAUGCCAACUUCUGACCAUAGUCAGGCUACUAAUAAUAUGCCACAUUUGCUGGUCAGAUUUGUGUGCAUUGUACUUUGCACUGUCUCAACGCAAUGCCUGUGUUUAUUCUUUAAUAUUACCUUGUGUUUAAAUUAAUUUACAAAUCACUCAGAAUGUGCAUUUAUUUCUUGAAUUUUUAGUUUUCGCAGAGCUGGUCCUCAAAGACACGAAGGCCGUGGUUCACGAGGAAGAGAGAACUUUUCCAAUGCUGAGGAAUUUCCACCAGAGGAAAAUUUUGAUUCAAAGGAUGAUUCUAUAAGAGGGCGAGAUGCAAGUAGGGGGCGUGGACGUGCCACUCAGAGAGGUGAGAAGCAUUGCCUUGCAUCUAAUUUAGAGCAACUAACUAUAUUUCAUUUCGUCAUACUUGUAUAUGUAAGCAGAGUCACUGCACAUUAGUAAAAGUGUUGCUGAAAUUUUUGGGGGUAGUUUGUUUUGUGUGGGUGUGUAUAUGUGUGUAUUAUUUGUUUAUUGCUUUGAAGUUUACUAACAUGCAAUAGUUGUUCCAUUCCCGAUUGACUUCUCAUUUUCUAACUGUAUAAUACUGGUUUUAAAAUUGUGCAAUAACAAAAACGUAAUAAAAAGCCCAGCAAAUUGUUAAUUAAAAAACCUAUUUAAAAUACCUUAAAAAGCAACUGUCUCUUCCAGAGAAGUUAACGUUUUUUGUUACCUCAGUCCAGUAAACACUAUUACAGCAGCACUGGCAAAGUAUGUAAAUUAAAAUAAAUGAAACUAAAACAUUUUGAAACCAUUUUAGCUCUCCCAACUUCUAGUUAGCCAUUUGACAGGGCAGAGGAACAAAGGAAUGGUCACUUCUCAGUAAGUGACAGUUUGUCUUUUAACAUCUUUACGAAGUGUGGGACGAGGAUCAAAUGGAACAUAUUUUAGUAUAUUACAGAAUAGCCAUCAGGCUCCAGACUUAUGUCAUAAAUCCUUAUCACUUCUGUGAUCUCCAUAGUGAUAUUGUUAUUUGGUGUGUUGGCUAUUUCCAUAAGAAUACAAGUUUGGAGUGCCCUAGCAUAUACCCAGCUGUUAGGAGAGUGAUUGUAUACACUUCUGGUCAAAGAUUUUAGAAAACCUAAAUUUUUUUUAAAUUGAAAUUUGAAGGGACAUUCCAAACACACACAAAAAGAAUUGGUUAAAGAAUAUAGGUAGCGUGUGAAUGGCAGGGGGGGGGAAGUAAAGUAACAGAGGGACAAUUUAGCACAAUUUAAUAAAUCUGCCUGAUUUUUGUCCCGAUCUGUUUCCUCUUUUGGGUCUUUGUCUGAAUGCACAUGUUUUUCCCGCAGGACGGAUUUUAGACAAAGUGUUACUUUAAGGUCACAUUUGAGAGUUUAGCAAAAUAUCUGUGCAUUUAACUUUCUCCCAGGGUUAUAAAUACUUUUCUUACUGACUGCUCAUCUAUAUUAUUACAGGAGUACUCUGCCAUAUUAUGACAUUUAUCUUUUAAGUUAUAGAAAACAUGUAAGAACAUGCUUAAUUUUAUCAAUGUUGCAUUGCAGAAGGACGAAAGGGUCUCCUCCCCACCCCAGAACAGUUCGCUGGUUCUGACCGUGGGCCAAAUCACCAGACUCGGGAUCCUGGUAGAGAAACUGGUAUGUAUUUCACUAUAAAUUUUGCAGCUUCACUUGAGGAGGUUAAUCUGUGUAUUGCAGCCUCUCCUACGUGUGGUUCCAGCUAUUGAAAUCUUUUGUGAAACUUUUUACCAUGUCUGCUAACAGUUCUCUGGAUUUUAUUUUUUCCAAGUAGUGUACCACUAACACAGCAUUUUUAUUCCUACAAUAUUCUUCUACUCCCUUCCCUGUAACAAUCAAACUCAUUUAUGUUGAAGCAUGAGUGUUUUGGCACAUUCCAGGCACCAACCCAAUGUAAUUGUAAUUGGCUCAGGCCCCAUGGUAUUGAUGUAUUUUACUCCACAUUCAAAUCACUUCAGUUUUUUGACUGUGGUGUACUCCGUGCUCUUUACCAUACCUUCUCUUUCCACAAAACAUCUAAAUUAGAUGGAAUCUGAGUAUGUACAGAUUGUCAUGAGAGAUCAGUACAAAAUAAGUUGCUGACAAUUUCACUCCACAGUCAAUCUCCAUCCUCUUAUUAUUAGUUCUGUUUAUAUAGCUCCAACAUUUCAUGCAGGGCUUUACAACUUUAGAAAGGGAAUAUUUGAUAACAAGUAAUUGACAGAGACAAAUGGUGAAUAAAGCCAUGCUCAAACAGGCUUACAAUCUAUGAUCUGCCUCCUUUCCUCUUAGCAAAAACUGUCAAAUAUAUUUAGUUGUGGUGGUGCCCAGAAUAUUCCUUUAAAGCAGGUUUGUAAGAAAUGCAAGAGCGAUAGACCUUCAUGUCACCAUUUUGUGUCCUCACUUUUAAAACAUUUUUUAUAUUGUCUACAUACAACUUGUAACUAUCCUUUAGUUGUCUUACCUAACUUUCUUGUAUUGUUAUGAAAUACUUUAUAGGUAGAAUAUAUAGAAUAUUAAUUUUCUUCUCAUCCCCAUACAGGAACAGAACACUUUCACGAGAGCCCUCGUCGGGAUAUUCCCACUCCAGAAAGUCACUCUCCAGCUAGUAGGGAACGUUCAUCCUCAUUACAGGGGAUGGAUAUGGCUUCUCUUCCACCACGCAAGAGGCCCUGGCAUGACGGGCCGGGAACUCCUGACCACAGAGAUAUAGAUGCAGCUUUAGGUGUACCUGAAGAAACUGGAAAAGGUGAGUUUGGCUGUUGAGCUCACCUCUGGUGAGCAUACUAUGGUUUGCAGGGGCGAGUAACUUUUCAAAGGCCUGGCAAGUAGCUUAGAACUACAAAUUUUAAGCUGUAUUGACCGUAUAUACUAAAGACUCAAGUUCAAAUGUUUUCUAGCAGGCUCAAAUCUCUUUAAAACAUUUAGGGUUUUUUUUGUAUGUUUUUUUAAUGCAAAAUCAUUAUGCUACAUUUAUUAUAUGUCAGAGUACUGGUUUUCCUCUUUUAUUCUAAUGUCAUUCACUUUUCCUUUUUGACACAGGUCGUGAGAGCUCAGCUCAUUCUUCAAGAUCACAAAGGCCCAACCGCUCCAGCUCACAGGAGCAGGAUGAGAGUUCGAGGGCAGGGCGAGGGUCAGGAAACUGGAGCAGGGGAGGCUCUGGAACAAACAGCACUAUGAACUCCAACCAGUCAUGGCGAGGAGGUCCUAGGUCUAGUGGGAGCAGUAGUGGAGGUGGAAGGAGUCGGUAGGAAAUCCUAACCAGUACUCGAACAGUCUCUUUCCACAAGUCCAUAUUGGACCAAAUAUAUUAAAACUUUAAGAGACUACAGAACAGUAUCCAAACUGUAAAGACAUUUUUUGUUUAUGGUUCUAAGCUUCUGUACAACAGCCAUGGAAAUUGAAGCAUCGUUCAUCUUAAGAAGACCGAAUCCUUGAUGGAAAACAAAAUAACACAACCUUUUUUUGUUUUCCUUUUUCAUUUCAGUAAUUUUCCCCCCUCACUGGUAUUACAGUGCUGACAUGCACUGUACAUCCCUAAACUUUUGGGGAUAUGUUAUGAAAAAAAAAUCUGUACAGUUUGUCAGGAAUUGAGUUGUUUUUUGUUUCUUUUUGUAUGCAAUGCCGAAUGUAAUUUGCUCAAGAAAUAACAAAUGAAAGUCUUCUAGAACUUGUUUUACAUUCUGGAUACGAAAGUUCCUGUUGUGUGUAUAUAUGAGAGAAUUCCUGGAUUUUAGGUCAGAAUAUUAUGUUUGCAGCCAACGCAUCUGAUAUUAACACACUGCAAAAGUAUGCAAUACAGAGUAUGACUUUUUAUUUCCUAUGCCUUUCACUCACUCUUCUCCUUGAUAUUCAUAAAAGCUGCUGUUUGUAAGUGACUGUCUUAAAGCAUAAGAAGAGCAGCUGAACACACAGAUUAAAUUACAUUAAAAAAACAAAACCUUUAAUCUUGAGGUUCAUAAAAGUUGAAAAUACUUUUUGGGAAAUACAUUAUGUGCUCUCCAGACUGUUUAUCUGCCUCGUACCAUAAAAGUUCACUGUCUGCCUUCUCAUACCUCUCGGAUUAAUGUUGUAUUCUGUACAUAAAGGUUAUUGACAGAUGGGAGCAGAUGGACACAGCUUUUCAAACCUGGUGUAAAGAUAUUUACAGACUUGUGCAUGUUUCUAUAUUCUAUGAAAGAUGCUUUCCUCUUUGUUUGUUAAAUCUGUUCAUGUUUCUGAAAACGUUACAUAUCUUAUUGUCUCCGAUAACCUGUUAAGAUAAAAUAGGUCUUGGGAACACAAGGGACUGUUCCUGAAUCCAGAUUAUAUCUUGUUUCAAUCUUACACUUGCAGAAAUGUAUUAUGAACAGGAUUACACAUAGGGCGGCAUGUCUUGAUUUAAUCAAAUGGGCUUUUGAUGUAGGUGUACCAGCAAAUAUUUUAAAAGCUUUGGUAGAACUACCAGUCCCAUGAUACUCAGCAAUGAUCGAAAAGCAGUUUCUCUCCUUUUAGUCUAGAACCACAGGAACAGUAUGUUCGAUAAAGGUAAUCUGUUGAGCAUUCCACUACUCUAGCUGGGAUCUAGACUUGCCUACUUUACUGCAGUCAUUCAUUGAUGGAUUUAUUUAUUUUUAAAGCAUAUUAUUUGAAUCACUACUUGCAACUACUUUAAUAUGUUAUGCUAUAGACAGAACCAGAGUGUAAUCUCUGCAGUGAUCUCUGGAAUAGAAAAUGUAUUCUCACAAAAGCAACCACUUGAAGUAACCACGUGUAUGUUCCUCUACAUGUGCAAGCACAUUUUCCAAGCACAAAAUGUAGACAUUUAGGCACUGGGUUUAUUAAAGGACCACUAUAGUGCCAGGAAAACAUACUUAUUUUCCUGGCACUAUAGUGCCCUGAGGGUGCCUCCACCCUCAGGGACCCCCUCCCGCCGGGCUGGAUGGCGAGGAAAGGGGUUAAACUUACAUUUUUUCCAGCGCCGGGCUGGGAGCUCUCCGCCUCCGAUCCUCCUCUUCGGCUGAAUGCGCAUGCGCUGCAGGAGCUGCGCGCGCAUUCAGCCGGUCUCAUAGGAAAGCAUUUACAAUGCUUUCCUAUGGAUGCUGGCGUCUUCUCACUGUGAUUUUCACAGUGAGAAGCACGCAAACGCCUCUAGCGGUUGUCAAUGAGAGAGCCACUAGAGGCUUUAGAGGCUGGAUUAACCCAUUUAUAAACAUAGCAGUUUCUCUGAAAUUGCUAUGUUUAUUUUUUUUAAAAAAGGGUUAAUCCUAGAUGGACCUGGAACCCAGACCACUUCAUUAAGCUGAAGUGGUCUGGGUGCCUAGAGUGGUCUUUUAAUACUAAACCCAUAAAGAAAAAUUGAUAUUCAAAAUAAUACAUAGAUUAUUUUAUGCUAAGGUUAGUUUAAUUUUACUGUUUAAUUAGAGAAGCUAUCAUUCUGUUUUUUAAAUAGUGAUCACUGCAUUCACAUUGUUUUAUACAACUACAUUUGCUACACUGUCACACCUUUAGCCAGCUACACAGAGUCUAACACAUGUAAGUGACUGUCUUAAAGCAUAAGAAGAGCAGCUGAACACACAGAUUAAAUUACAUUAAAAAAACAAAACUUUUUAAUCUUGGGGUUCAUAAAAGUUGAAAAUACAAUAUGAUGGCAUCUACAUAAAGCCUUUCCAAUUCAUGGUGUGAGCAAACACAAAACUCAUUUUGUUAAAAAAUUUUUUUUAGAUAUAUAGUUUGAGCCACCAAGCAAAGAUUAACAGAUUUAGCCAAUUAUAUCACUUUUAACAGGCUGAUCAUUAUUCCUCAUCAGUCUGUUAAAAGAUCAAUUGCAUUCUAUGCCUUUAUGAUAGGCUAGUUUAGUAAACCUAGAAUGGCAGGCUCACGUACCUCAAGCAGCUGUAUAGACUCUUACAGUUACUGAAAGAGUCGGUUAUUCUAAUUUGGUUUCAUAUUCACCAAGACUAGGUUGACAAUCUGUGUUUAUUUUUUAUUGGUUAAUAAAGAAGAGAAUGCUGACCGGCUCUGUAGAGAGACAUAUAUGUAUAAUACAAAUAAUUCCACAAAACCGACAAAGACCAGACACAAACUGGAUAUAAUGUCAGGCAGUGUUACUGUGGUAUAAAGUAUUUGUGGAUUGCUAUGGAGAAGAGCUUCUCUUGAGUGGUGGCACUUGGCUUUUCUUCAUGUUUGUGUGCAUUCUCAUUUCCCCAUAUAUAAUCCAAAGUAUAGCACGCAUGUUUACUGGUAAGUUGGAUGUGCUAUUUAGCAACCAGUGACCACCUGCUUUUUAACACUCUGUCAUCAAAUAAUUGCUUUCAUGUCUGGGCUGGGGGUACCUGGCCUUGCUUUGUCCUGUUGAUUUUAUUUUAGUGUUACUUACUGUAAAUCAUUCUGAUACAGAGUCCUGGACCUAAAACCUUUACACAAAAAGCUCUGUACAGGCCUACAUUGCUUCUUAUGAAUUUCAGUCUUACCUAAUUUACAUCUCUGCCUGGUUUCAGAAUACUAGAAACUAUAAUUUAUAGAAAUUCCUCUCACCUCUGCCUCCUUAAAACUCAAGCAAAGUUCAAUCCAGCUAAGGAAAUAAUUUACAUAUAUAUCUGAAACCAGCUAUCUGUUUCCUUUUAGUUGUCUGAUGGGCUUCUGUAACAGAUUCACAAUUUCGAUCUCUUAUUUUUGUUGCUCUUAGUAUGGUUUUAGACAUAAGUAACAAUUACUUUAUUAUUUACAUAAUUCACCAGGUGUCUGAAUACAUUACUGUUCUUUGCUAUUUUAAAUAUCUCUCUCUCUCGGAAAUGCCUUGUUUACAGUAUUACCGAUUUUAAUUACCUCUACGAUGAUGGGAUGGUUUCCAUGGCAGCAUCACAAAUGAAUAGCUCUUACAUGUUGUCAAUUAGGCCAGGAUUAAACUAAUAAAGUAAACUAUGGAUAUAUAUUUUAUUUUUUUAAAUCAUCCAGAAAAGGUUCAUUCUGACUCAUUUAGAAGUAUCAAAAUCUCACUCUAAAAGUUUACCUCUCGCACAAAACAUGACUUUGUGUCACUUUUUAGGGAAAUGUGAUUUAGACACUUUCAAUAUUAUUUCUUGAUCUAAGCCGAAGUUAAUGCCAUUCUGGGCUCAGGGAUGGUCACUGCAAAGAGCAGUUUGAAAAAGGAGUAUGACAUAUGGAAACAAAAUGGGCUAAAAAAAAAAAAAGAUUCUAGCAUUGAGUGGUGACUGUGAGAUUGGUUAGAUAAUGAUACUUAUUAGAACCGCCAUUUUGGGCUUAUUACAUUUGUCUACACCUGCUGAAAUCUUAUUCCUUGAGCGAUUAAAGUAACCACUUUAGUUUUUUGGUUUUCCAAUUUUCGAUACAUUAUUAUGUAUAUAUCAACGUGUUUAGAAUUCUGGCAUGGCAAUCAAGACUUCUGCAAUAUACUGGAAUCUGCAGGUGAGUUAUUUAUUUAUGUUUCAUGGUUUGGUGUUGGUUCAAAAAGAGCUGUACAUGUGAAUUAAAAUCUAAUAAGAUUCUCUUUGUCUCUCCAGGUCUUCAACCAAUCUCCUCUUGCUUUUACUAAAAUGAAUGGAGAUCGAAAAUGCAAUUACUAAAUUCAGUGGAAAGACACAUGAAGGUAAGAAGUUAUACAGGUGAUGAUUACAUUAGACAGUUAUACCUACAUCUGAACAGUUUAAGUAACAUUGCUUCCUGCGGGUGGCCUCUGCAUGUUCUGCUGACAGGCUAUUUUCAGUGCCCUCUUGACUUUCCAGGUGGUGUAAAGAGUGCCAUGAGUAUUGUAUAACAUUAUAUACUAUAUAGCUUUUGCCCAUGCAAAACAGCUGUGAUCGCCAUCUCUGUGCCUAAAGCACGUACUAACAGCUGUUUCCCACACUAGGCAUUUUGGAUUAAAAAUAUUUAGUUACUAUGAUAGGGGACAAAUGAAUGGAGCUGGGGGUAGGGGGAAGAGAAACCGGUAGAGAAGAAUGUGCAAUAUCAGAAGAAAGAAGCUGCAUGAAGGAAUGAGCAAUGGAAACAAGAAAACCACAAUAAGCACAGUGCAAUAUCAAACGAAGAAAACAUUAUUGAGGUGGGGAGAGUCAUGUUUGUACAGUUAGAACAUAAGACUGGUUUCAAUAUAAUCAAUGAACUGUUGUAUGGUUUAUCAACUGCAAUAAAGGAUAUGGUUUUGUUUCACAUGUGUUGUCCAUAUUUAAGUGUCUUAUUAAGUUACAUUACUAGUUUUAUAACUGACAGAUUCUGG